AUGCAACCGGGUACUGAUUUGACCGUUCCUGGCUCAUAUGAAGUUGCCUACCAAGCUACUGACCAAACUGGUAAUAAGAACGUGAACUGUUCCUUCAGAAUUACUCUAGAAUGUAAGUAUUUCAAGAAUUGGGGAAAAAGGGGCGGAGGAACAAGGGUGCGGGAAGUGGGGGGAUGGAGUGGCCCGGUGCGGGGGAAGCAAGGUUGGCUUAGUGAUGCGAGCGCGUACCUCCCAAAAAUGUUACCCAGGUUCGAAUCCCAAAAGCGGCGCCAUAUGUGGAUUGAGUUUGUUGUUGGUUCUCACCUUUGUCCAAGAUGUUUUCUCUUGUUGCUAAAAUUUUUUUUCGUUUCUCCACCGAUAGGCCAUUUCAAAUCAAUACUAUAAUACUCUAAAUUGUGCAGGCUUAAACUGGCAGGAGCGUAAUUAUUCAUUUCUCUUUGUUUGAACGGUACAAUGGCAUUCAUAGGAUGCAUAGGUAGCUGUCUCUACAACGUUCCUUUUUUUGCUAUGAUUAAGGAAUUCUUCAAGAUAAAUUCUUAUUCAUAUGGGAAGCAGGCUUGUGAGCUUUAGUAUGCACGUUUUCGAGACGUUCACGCGCAGCACGUACAGUCCCUGUAAAAAGCAAAGGACAUUACAACAGCCAUGCUUACUUUUUAGCAGUGGCCUAUUCCUUAAAUCAAAUGUCCACCCAGAUAUAAUUUCAAACCCCUUCCCGCUUUUGCACAGGUCUAUGUUCAAACGGAAACGUAUCAGUAAUUUUAUAAACGAGUAGGGGACUGGAUAAGAAUGCGUAAUAUCAAUUAAGCCUGUCUGCGGAAAAGGUUAUUAAACGUUAGUCAUUUUCUUAAUUUUAGAGUUUUGGCUUAAACCACAGUAUGCUUAAACACAACGACGUAAUACACUUGUACAAGUCUCUAGUUUGAGAAAGCUGUGUAUGGACGAGAGAGACACCUGUCCCAUCAGCUGCAAAUGAAUUCUCGUUCCAGUGACAGGCUACUUUUUCGAUUCAGUCGAUAUUUGUCGUUCGUACUUGGACCCCUGCUCGUUUAGAAAAAAGGGGAACUACGUACCAUUCACCUUACCUCCUUCCCUCACAUGGCAGAAAUAAUCAAAAAAUGUAUUUUAUGCAACUGAAGUAAACGUUUGUUUACAAUAGAGACCUUAGGAUCGAGGUUUGGCCAUCUUGUUGCAAACGGCUAACCGCGGUUUGCGGUUAGGGGUUUCACGUUACUCGUUUGCCCACAUAAUCGCAAGUAGUAGCUCGCGGCGGCUGCCAUCUUCGUUUUCAUUCAUCCACUCACUUCUGUUUUAGCUGAAAAAUUGUCUUCAAGAUUACGUUUCUCUGAAAAAAAGAAUUCGAUAAUUAAUAAGCGAAAGUAUUCUAAAAAGUAGUAUUUCCUCUCGAACGUGGGAUUGUGAUUGUUUUAGAGUGAAAUAAAAUCGUGCGGAAAGUUAUCUAACUCUAGAGCAUAGCCUAGCCGUACAAAAGUGAACUCGACGGCAAGGUCACGUGACCUCUUGACGUUCGUGGUUUGCGGGAAAUGCCGAAAAACCGAUCCUAAGGGUUGUAAUGUCUCUUUUACCUGCCCACGGCAUCUCUGAACAUUUAUUACACCACUCUAACACUCGUGCAAGCCGGGCCAAGACUACCCCGGUAGUUUCUAGUAAUGAAAUCGUUAUUUGAAAACUGAAUCUGUUAGUCGUUGCUAACGUGAGAUUCUCUUUUUCAUUUGUCAUACUCAUUUAUAUUGAUGCAGAACUUCUACAUUUCCUUAGUUAUAUUUAUUUUGUACUUAUAUUCGGAAUCUUAUCUAAUUUAGAUAGAGGGCCACAAGUUUACUAGUUCCUCUAACUAUUCUGUGCUGCCCUCUUUAAAUAAAGUGUAAUGUUAUUAUUGUUAUUGUUAUUGACUAACUGAUUCAAUUUUCAAAUAAUCAAAUCAGUUCAUCAGUAGAAUCUCUGGGGAUGAGCUUGAGCUGGCGUGCCUGUGGGCCAACCAUGGUUACACUAAAACUGAUCCUAUUUUGCAGUUAAACAGUGUCCACGUUACGCAGCACCCAAGAAUGGCGCCCUGACUUGCAACACCAUUUUAUCGCAGGAAUAUUGUAGUAUUCAAUGUCAAAGUGGGUAUGACUUUGUCUCCACUCCUCCGUUUUUGUACUUUUGCGAUAAGGGAGAAUGGCAGUUCCAAUCCUUUGGUCUUAAUUUCUCUCGCGAAUUACCAUGGCCAGACUGUGCAAGUAAGUGCAUUAUGAGAUAAGGGAAAUGGAAUGUUAUAAACAAGUUUAUUUUUUGGCUAAGUCUUUUCUCGCUCCUGGUACGUUUGGUUAAUUUGCGUUCCAUAACUUGAAAAUGAAAUGUGAAAGGCGAAAGCUCAUUUUGUCGCUCUAAGCUCAUUAGUCUGGAAAAGAAGAGGGGGAAAAGUGAAAAUAGCAAAAACAGUAACAACAAAAUUACAGAUCAGGCUAAAAACUACUAUAAGAGGAUUCAAUGAUCCUUGGCUCCCAUUCUCAACCGUGCCUAAUAGUUAAACCAUAAGAUUACCACAGGACAGUUCUUGGCGUAGAAAUCGAUCAACACCUGCGACAAGCACACUAAAAAUGUUUGUAAAGAACAAUAGGUCAGGAAAAGGAGUCAUGAGGCGAGAGAUUUCGAGAUUUAGUCGAAAGAGACAGUGUGAUUGCGGAAGUGAAGUUUACAACUUAGAUUCAAACGAGAUAAGACUAGAUCUCCUGCGAAAUCUGUCAAGGCCAAACUCCUUCUUCGCAUAGCUGCAUUCAGCCAAGUCUUUAUCUUCAUUUCGGUAGAAAAUUUACCAUCAACUUCAUGUAGGUCAGACCCCCCGUCUACAAAGCAAUAAAACAACAUCUCUGCACUUGCAGCACACUUUUUCUGUACCUUUUUUUGCCAUCUCUGUACGACUACGACGUGAGAUUGCCCACAUUCUCUUUCUAGGUAGGAUGUAAACAAGCGACAAAAAAUAUUCUUUCUCUUUCUGAACUGUCUUUUGAACUUGGAUAUUGAAUUCAACUCCAGGUCCUCUUUGUUCAAUAGAUGGAUAGCGCCAUUCGCCUGAUAAACCACUAUUCAGUGGAUAAGUAUUACGGAAACCAAUUGCGUUAUCCAGUGGAUGGAGAUUUAUCCAGUGGUUAACGCUAUCCCAGUGGACUGGCGACUGAAAAGUUCGCCUACAUUUGACACAGUAGUUUUCACCGGUUUUUCUAUGGUUUGGUGACAAAAGGCUGCUACAUCUACGUCAUUCUGUUAAAGCUUUCCAGCACUGACUGUUACAUGUAAUAAUACACUUUUUUUUACGUUUCUUCGUAACAGAAACGGAGAACCCUGAUGCUCUCACGAUGUCCAGUUUUCCGUAUUUCUAUUAUGAAGGAGACUGCAAUGAUCCUAACCAGCAGACAGCAAUUAAGGGAAACUUUAUCAGCAUAUUGAGAAGUGGUAGAGUUUUACCUGUAUUUUGCUCUAACCCGACCUUGUGCAACGAGAACACUAUAAAAGUUUACUGCGGAAAUGUCACUGCUGCGGAGAGAAGGCGAAAGAGGUCUACGACCAUGCAGGUUAAUACACCAGUUUUUAUCACCAUAUCACUACGUUAUUACUUUCUCUUCUUUUUUUGUCUGAAUCAAAGUUUGGUUCGGCAGAGCAGUUAAUUUCGACAAAGUCAAGACGACCCCGGCACGGCAGUGAUUCAAACGUCGUGCUUACGCCAUGUCGAACUAAAUUCAUAAAUUUCGGAAAUGUUUUUUAGGAAAUAUUUCCUUGUUUUUACUUGCCACUGACAUGAUACUACGUUUAAAAUAUAGGUUUAUUUACCAACAGAAUUGGAAAGUCAGUUGACGACGGCGCGCGCAAAUCAAACAACUGGCUUGACCAAUGGCAGAGCGGCAAAUUGGGCACCGGAAGUCACCUUCAGUGCUUUCCGCGCGUUUUCCCGUCGUCAACUGACGUUCCCGUUCUGUUGCUAAAUCAACCUAAUGUUUUCUCUGGCAGGAUGUCCGAAUCGAAGUCUUGCCUCUGUUGAACCCAAUUUCAAUUGAGUUCGGCACAGUAGAAACGCGAAGUCUGAACUAGACCUGAGCUAUCUUUUACGUCGGUAUUUGAUCGCAUCUACCGCACCGUAGCCUCUGAUCUUCCUAUUGUUGGGGUUGUAAGGAAAUUGAAUACUCGCUCGGCUAAUUAAGGAGAGGAACAAACACUUUGUUCUUCCAUAGCACUUUAUUCUCCUCAGCUUCCAACUACUAUCUUCUUCAGCUACAACAAUUCUAUUACCAAGCCCAUCACCAGCGAAUUGAAUAAUCGAAUAGUAGACGCGUUUGGGUUAGCUCACCGUGAGAACUUUCCAUUGCAUAUCCUGUGGCUUAACUUUUGGAGAAUAGAACAGUCUACACUGUUGUAAUUGACUAGUACCAAAGAACGAAUUAAAUGCUAGCGGUAAAACUGCUAGGUAGGACCAAGCAUUCAAAACAGGAUCUUCAGUGAAGGUAAAACUCAAGCCAGUUAUCCGCGAACAUGCCUACUUCAAAGAACUACAUUUAAGACGAUACUAAUAAAAACUGACAUUGAAUUUCCUUGGACUAUGAGCUGUUUCUGAGGAAACUAGCACGAACUACAAAAUAAUCACUCUAUACAUAAGAAAAACCGUAAAAAUACGAAUCGUUCCAAACAAAACAAGAAUCAGCUACUUCAUAACUUAUAAAGCUCCCGAUUAGAGAUUUAUCGUCUUAUACGCCUACUAAAUUUUCCUUUUACAAGUAGGAUGAUGAUUUCCUUUUCGUUUAGUCACGACCAAAUAAUCUUAACCUUGUUUCAACAUGUUCAAAAAAACAUUAAUUUUGUAUUGUUGAGAAUCGAUGCUUUGACUACAAAAUGAGGGAGUCUAAGGCUAUGAUCACGCUUUUCCGGAUACCUUUUGCGUUGCCACGAAAAAUUUUCCACAAGAAAGGUUCUUCGGCGCGAUUUCUGUGACAGUAGGAUGAUCUCUAAAUUUCAGGAUAGGUUUCGUUAUACUGGAAUCACGAAAACAUACGGUAUAAAUAAACCACAACGGCGACGGCAACAUGUUAAAAAAGGUCAAACGAACCAAAAAAUGGAAAGAUUACAUUUGACCUUGAAAUGAAAACAUAGAAGAAUACGAAACAAAAUGAAAUAGAGUUUUUUAUUGGUUUAUCGAACGGAUACAAACUAAGCGAAUGCCCGAUAACUUUCUAGAAAACAACCGAUACUUCGCUUUGACGUCACACUGCAACACUAUUGGCCAAUCGAAGAAUGUCUUCUCCAUGUUUAGGAUCUUUGGCGGGAAAACGAAGAGGCCAUGUUUUGAUCUUUUCAUCCAUUGGCUGAUAAAACAAAUAAGGAACACUGACCGAAACCAUUUUUCAAGGUCAUAUGAAAAUCGCUCCAACUCUGCGGUGGAUUACCUUUUUUUGUACAUUUUGUCGCCGUCACUACACGGCUACGACGUGAACCUUUCCUAUCUGGCGUCUAAUGGAAGACGUAAAUAGUAAGGGACAGAUACUUCUUUCUUUCUGUUUUUUAUGUGCUCUCUAAAAAUUCAACUCCAGGGAAAUGCGUACAUUUGACCAAUGUAACCAUAGUGCAGUUGAAAUAAAUGCCGUAGUUUUUUUAGAAGAACUUGAAUGCUAUUUACAACUGACUUGUUUUGCUGCCUUCGCCUUCCUGGUUGCUUAAGCUCAAUUUAUGUUGCUGAAACAUCGCAACCAGUUGAAAGCCUAAACUGGAAAAAUCACAUGACUUUCAAAAAGCAUUCAUGGUCUUCAAAUCCCUCAAUGGCCUUGCUCCUGAGAAUCUAAAUUCAAAGUCCCCAAAACUGGUCAAUCUGUUUGUCACUGCUUCUCAACCUACGUUGUUGAGACAGGCUGAGAGGAGCUAAAAGCUUUAUUUUUAACUUUUGCUUCAAAAUUAUUGCUUGUUUAUCACAAGUAUUUUAUUUAAUGCACUCUUUCUUCUUGAUAUCGUAACACUACAAGAAAUGAUAGGACCGUGUUGAAUUCAUCACCUUCCACUUUCUGCUAUGGACGAGACUUUAUUGAAAGACAAUUUUUAACGUUUUUUUUUUUCAUUUCAUUUAUUUUUCCGCUUCCAUCAUAAAUAGUUCAAGAUAAAUCACAGAGUUGAGUCGUAGAAAGUUUUCAGUACGUGAUAGAAAGCAGUUAAGAUCAUAACCUUUAAAUAAGUUUGUCACAAAAGAAGAAAAGGACAAAGAAUGAAAAGGAUAGGGGCACAUCUAGGUCGACAAAUGUUGCCUCAGUAACUAACGCAUUGUAAGAAAUACUAAGGUUUCGUCGAAAAUUUACGUAAAAUUGCUGAAUCAACUAGAGUGACAAAAAGCGCGGCCAUUUUGCUCGCACGCCGCUGACUAGAUAAUCAUUUCUUUCUUUUUUUUUUUCAAUAGAACUCUUAUCCUCUUAAACUUUUGAGGGCCAUGUUUCAUCUUCAUCGUCAGGUCUCCCUUAGUAGGAAACAUGGAAGAAGUGUGGUGUUUACUCUUUUAUAAAUUGUCUUAUACUCAUUUGAGUAGUCAUGUCUCAGCAUUUUGGGCCCCUUUGGUGCGUUCCCUCUGCGUUCCGUGCUCGUUCCAUUUGUUAAUGCUCAUAAGGGUAGAGCCCAUGACGUCACCUAUCAGUAGUCUACUAUGUUGGGAGAUAAGCCCCGUUGGUGCGUUCCUUUUGCGUUCCGUGUGCGUUCCCUUUAUUAAUAUGCAUGAGGGUCGAGUCCAUGACGUCACCCAUUGUUAUAACGCGGUAAAAGGCGGAAUGAGUUUGCGGAAUGGCAUGUGGCAUGGCUUGCGGAAUGACAUAAUUAUGCGGACUGUAAUAUAUUAGAAUGACUUAAAGAAAUAAAUUAAGCUGAAAAUUGCGCCCUUUUUGGCGCCAAUUAAUUCACAAGCAGCCCCUUUUUUAAUGUUGCGGGCUUGACUACGGUAACAAUCAAAACGCCAGGAACGACUCCCUGAUUUUUCACGGUCGAUUAGCUUUUUGCAGAGCCACAAAGAUUCUACUUGCCUUUAUUAGUUGGGCUGCUGGCAGCACCGAUACUACAUCACGAGAGUCGGCCAUUGAAGAAAAGAUAUUUCGGAAGGUCACACUCUCUUCUGCCUUAAAAUUCUUUCUGCAAAAGAUAUUACAACGUCACUUUUGUUUACCGUUAUUUCCAUUUGAAACCACGCGAGAAGUGUUUCUUUUAAGACGGAGGGUCGCGUGAUUGAUCGUGACAUAAUAUUGAGAGAUCGAACAUAUCUUGCAUUUUUAUUCCUUGGCUGCGUGGUAAAGUUUCAGGCACGCGAAGCUAACAGCUGGGGAAGAAGAGCGAGCUUGAAUCCUGGCAAUCGAGUUUUUGUGCUUUUUCUUUACCUUCCUACUUUUAGAAUUUUUUUCUCCUUUACCUUUACCUUUAUUAAUUAAGUUAGUAAAGCCGAUUCGGCAACACUCCAGCUGUUAAAAAAAUACAUCUUAAUGAUUGGCUAGUUCUCGAUCAAAUGCACACACUCACACCAAUAAUAAAUCAAACAAAGGUGCGAAGAGACGCGGAAAGGCCGAAAGGAGACAGAGAGCAGUUCACCCCUUCACUCGAUUUGUGGAUUACGGAUUAACGUUUGACUCGAGGCGUUAAUUUAGUCUGGAAUAUGAUCUGAUUCAUUCACGGUAUUAAAAAUCCCUAGAAUUGUAGCUAGCCCGACGUCACUUUCAGUGAGCGUUUUUUACCCUCUAGCGUUACGAUAAAGAGUGACCCUAUUUGGUGUAUCAGCUGUGUUUCAAUUUGACCCUUGCUUUAAAAGCAGUAAUAAAUGGACCGGCAAAGCGGUUGCUCCUUCAAAUUGGCGCCAAAAAAGGCGAGGCAAUGACGCACGCAUGCUUUCCUGUUAAAUUUAUUUCUUUGCACCAUUUUCCAUGAAUUGAAUUCCGCAUAAUUAUGUCAUUCCGCAAGCCAUGCCACAUGCCAUUCCGCAAACUCAUUCCGCCUUUUACCCUCACCGGGAAAAAAUGCGUUCCUCCAUAUAUAAUGAAGUGGACUGGUUUACUAAUGAGCGUCUCUCUAAUACAAUAGGCACCAUAGGCUUGCCUUAGUCUUGAAACGAGUGAAAUGUCCGCCAUUUUUCUAGUUCACAACCAAAACAAAUAACCAGGUCUUCUCGGUUAACGGUGCAUUAACCUGCAAGAACGCCGCAUUUUUGACGUCAUUUCCUCGCUAAACACAAAAUUCUUCCAAAUUUGGUCAUCAGACGGUAACUGGUUAUGGUGAAUUAAACGUGUGCUUUUAGCCAGUCAGAAUCGGGGAAAUAUUUUGAAUGAAUAAUAAUGAUUGUUAGUAGUCUCUCGCAAUUUUAAUCGUUGUGCUGUUUGUUUUUAGCCGUUUAUGAACAUCGCUUGUAGGAGUACUCAAAAUGCCGCGCGUAUCAAGGCUUUUGAAGAUUAUACAUCGUUCUAAAACCAUUAAAUAAAAAAUAAACAUAAGUUCUUUAUUGUGUUGAAGCGUAACUGUAUUAAUGUUCAUUCAAACACUCAGCUCUCACUGCAAAUUUGACGCUAGUCAAAACUGAGAACCGGCUGGCCGUAUAGGUGAUUUUGGAAAUUUCUAAAAGUUUCGAUAAAAACUCACGCGUGCUUCGAUCGUCCUGAAUAUUAAAUGAGUGCAAUUUGUAUUGUAAAAUUGUGAACUACCGCAUUCUGUCCGAGGUCUGUAUGAUAAAAACAGUGCCUCAUAGUACUGUUUCACCUCAGAUGUGAUGUACAAAAAGUGUAAAAAGGUUGGUUUACACGCCCCCAGAUUUGUUGGCAAGAUUUUGUAAAGUUAAAACUUGUCGAACGCCAAAAAUUCGGCCUGAUUUUUUUUCCAAGAAUUUGUUUUCCAGGCCUAAUCUACUGUGAUCAACAGCCAUUAUGGCUUUUAAAUGUGAUCGAAGAUGAUUGCUAUUUUUUGGUUGUACAUAUAAGGCUAUCAACUCGAUGUAAGAUUUGGUUGACUUCACUCUUGGACUGUUUGCAAAUUAUUUUUCUCUAAAAUCACGUAGCCUUUGCCCUAAAAGUCACAUGAAUGUGCUCUAAAGUUAACUGAUUUGUGGAAUACUGGUUUAUUGUUUGAUCUAAAUGAAUAAAUUUAUUAAUUGGAGCUUCGCUUUUAGCCCUGGCUAAAUCUAUGUAUUAGUUUGUAAAUAAAUAUGGUUUGAUAUGCUAAACAUGGCUUGUUGUCUGUCUAGCCACCUAAGAUUCAAUCACCCGGGUAAAGAAAAAAAACACAGUGCUAAACAAGGCCCCUGUGGCCCUUGUGGUCCCUGUGGCCCGUUCUCAAUAGUCAUAAACUUCGUGUCAUUAGCGGUUUUAUUCAGUGGUUAUCUAACUUUCGUACAGUUAACAUCAUGGGUAAGCGUGUCUGUCGUCUUUGCCCCGCACCGGGAUGUCAUUCUAAAUUUUUAGUUCGAUGAGCAAAUCAUUUAACUCAAGUACACGAGUUAUCGGAGAUAGAAUGAAAAUAUUGGUUUCAAUUUGCAAAAUUACAAAAUACCAAUUCGAUUCGUGUUUGUGACAAGGAGGCUGAACCCAAAACAAUUUUUUUCUAUAAACGAGAGUGCAUGCAGUUGAGAUAGUCAGUUGUGCACAUGGAUCCGAGAAGGGACAUCCCUUUCCCGCUCUUAUCGCUGGCCCUACGUGCUGUGGGAAAAGUCAAUUUGUAAAACGUUUGCUAGAAGCAGGAGAAGACAAUGAUUGAUGGAGCAUCUUGACGUAUUAUUAUAAAAACACACACACAAAAAAGAAAUUAAUAACUUAACAAGGAUCAAUUGAAACACGCGACUAAUAAUAGCAAGCAAUAAAACCAGACACGUUUCUUAAGACACAAGAAAUCAACUUUAUGACCCUUUACUAAAAUAAUUGCAAAAAGAUUACAUUAAAAAUUCGAUUAAAAUACUCAAAGAAGGCAAGCCAUCCUUUUUUUAACACUGCGCACAAUGUUUUACUUACCCCUCUCCCUUUUCAUUUUUAUUUCCCUCCUCCUUCUCCACAAUUUUAUUAUUUUCCCUCCUCCUCCACCUCCUCCUCAUUUCUAUUGUUUUGCCUCGAAAAAGGCCAAAAAAAGAGGUCAAAAUCCCUCCUCCACAUUUUUAUUAUUUUCCCUCCGCGUGUUUCAAGUGGUCCUUCUUAAUUGUUUUUUUUUUGUUUGUCUUUUUAUAAUAAUACGUCAAGAUGCUUCCUCGAAGUUUUUACUGCAGAGCUAAUUAUAAUUUAUAUGCAACGGUGGGCUUGGGAACUCGCAUAAUUACCUGACUAACGGCGCGUUUUGUUUAUAUAUCCGAGCUUUAGCGCUAAGUAAGAUAUAGGAAGCCGUUUCUCGCGUUGCUAGGUGAUUGCUCCUAUUUUCCUUUUAAUAGACGGUCCGAAAACCGGGCUCAAGUUACUUAACGGACAAGCCUAUUGUGCCUAUUGUAGUAUUCGCUCAUUAGUAAACCUAUCCACUCCAUUAUAUAUGGACGAAGGCACUUAAUUAGUAUGGAGGAACGCACUUUUUCUCUAGGUUAUAACAACAGGUGACGUCAUUCACUCGACCUUUAUGCAUAUUAAUAAAGGGAACGCACACGGAAGGCAAAGGGAACGCACCAAAGGGGCCCAAAAUGCUGAAGCAUGACUACUCAUUUGUCUCAUCUAUCAAUUACAAGGUUACCAUCAGGUAUGAUUACGUCUUCCAAAACACGAGUCUCACCUCAGGAACCAAUGAUCAGGCUGGCCAGGAUGCUUACAACUCGGAGAAAGAAAAGGCCAACCAGACAAGAACCGACAUUUACAACAGCCUUAAGACUGUGAAUUGGGGUGAAUUUCAGGCGUCUUCAGGACUUGAGUUGAAAGAUAAAAAUGUUGACAACUUUAACCUUGGUGAGGUUGAGGCGUAUUGUUCAGCAGAUGGUGCUGUGGUCAGAAAAUGUGAAAAGGCUGAUUCUCAGUGCACUAAGACGACAGGAACAAUCACUAAAUGCAGUAAGUUUAAUGCGGAAAAUGGUAAACGAACGCUCCGCGUCGAGCUGUCUGUGAUUUUUUAAAACUCUUUUCUAGUGCUCGUACAGCUUCGUUGAAAGUGCCCCCCUCUUAAUCUUUAACUUGAGCGUAAAGGUUAAUUAAGCAGUUUAAGCAGUCUCCUUUCUGGAAUGAAGUUGUCCUUCAAGUAAAAUGUCAAAAACGACGGCGAGUGCUUCAUCAAGGGUUCCAGACACCGAGAAACAGAUGAAAGCACGGGCAGUGGGCUGAGUGCUUUCAACUUUUUUGAGGUGUUUGGUACCUGUAGGGAAGCACGAAGCAUGCAGUGACAUAUUUUCUGUGGUAUUGCGUUGCUUCCAUGAGUUGUGUUAAUCAAUAGUGCAUGUGUUUGAUCUCAGAUGAAAAACAGGUUUCUUAUUAGAAGGGAACCUGGUGGUGUUUUAUCUAGUGUUUCGUUUGGUACUAUGUAUCAAGAUUACUCAAGGCGUUCAUUUUUUUGCAAACGAGAUGAAAUAACUGAGAGUUAUUAGUAACUCCUUGGCGCCAUUUUAGCAGGCUACAUAAAAUGGACAAACUUUUUUUUUGUUUUUCCUUGUAGCGCACUGUCCUAUAGGAAAGUAUUACGAUAGGGACGAAGAUGAUUGUCUUUUGUGUCCGGAGGGAACGUACAGUCCAAGUGAAGGCGCCUUACAGUGUAAAACAUGUCCAGAUGGGACCUGGACGGUAGGGACAAGACAAGAAAAUUUCACGUCUUGUACAGGUUAUUAGCAAUAAGCGAGCUAAUAUAUAUUUAUUUAAGUAGUUCUAUUAUGAAUCCAAGCUGUAAUAUUAUUACUGUGGUGAAUUAGAGUUCGUUGGGCGCUAACGUGGUUGGGUUGUUAGUCGGUUGGCCGUAUAGCUACGCAGCUAGCUAGAUAGCUUGCUACAUUAGUUGAUCGGUUUGAACGAUUUUAUCCAAUGUUCAAAAUCAUAUGGUCUUUGAUGGUUUAAAAGCCGGGCAUGUCUGAACAGAGAAAUUCCAUACCGAUCACUGGCGAAUGCCCAGAUCUGGAUAGUGCUUCUGAUUAGUCAUGCCGCGAGCGACACGUCAUAAGUAUGGAAUUUCGGCGCUCCUUCUUCAGGCUUCAUUUCUUGGGGAAACCAGUGGUGGCGUCGCGAAAUGUCAGUUGGUUUCUCAAGCUAGCUGACACGAAGUAUUCCUCUCCAGAGCCACUUUUCUUAUGGCUGGAUCUUUCUUUCAUCACUCUCUUUAAGAGUCCAUGCCUCAGUUCUAUAUGACAGCCUGAUCCACACAGGGGUCUUAACCAGCUUCAUUCCCAGCGGCACAGAAACUCAAUUAACACAUUAUCUUGGAAUUCCUGUGGUACUUGGGUAUCCUAUGCUACUUUCAGCAAGCGGUUGUCGUCUUACGUCUGCAUUUUCUGCGCCAUUCUGAAUAAUUUAGCUCGCGUUAUUUACGUCAAAAACGCAAAAUAAAUGGCAAUCACAUGCAUAACCCUGGUGCUAUCAAGGUCAACAAUUAACAAUGUAAAAAUCACGGUGUUAUUAGUCUCGCUUGCUUUAGCUGCGAGACUCAGGAAAUGCAAGCGAUUCUUUUUUUUUUUUUUUCGUGCGUGUGCGCCAAAAGGGUGUCAUGAUCCCAGGCGUUCCUAGUUCACAACGCCAUGCUUUAUUUUGUGAAGAAAGCUAAGGAGAGAUUGAUGCGAAAGAUGUCGUGUUUUUCCGGAACGGGACGGUCCGGUUUUUCUACGGCGUCAGUCAUGGCGGCCUGAUAUGUUUUUGAUAGCUCCGCCAUUACUGGAAAAAAUUCUUGCCCCGUGUAGACAUCAGCGUUUAUGGCAACAUUAGAAGAAAUUAAAAAGCUACUAGAAACAGAACUUGGCUUAAUACGAGCAAACCUUUAGUCAAUGGAAAAGAAAUUUAUCGACUUGAAACCUUCAGUGGAUUAUACGUCAGCAAAGUACGACGAAGUAUUAACUCAACUUGGUCGCUUGAAUGACGAGAAUUUCAGCCUUACCACCGACGUAAAGAACCUGAAACAUGAUCUCAGUACUACCCAGAAGAGUGCAAAUGAGUCACAGACAUAUUAUCAUGUUGUGCGUCUGAUCUUUUUUGCCAACAUGUAUGGCAAACACACUGAAAGUGCUCUUCCAUUAUUAAACCUGCUAGAUUUACUGUCUGUUGAAAACAUUUUUGCGUUACAUUAUUGUAUUGACCACCAACAUGGCCACCUUGUCACGUGUUUGAAAGAAUUGAUUUUCGUGUAUUUGUACACUCGUUCUCAAUUAUCGUCGAAUACGAUAUACAGUUAAACCUCUCUAAAACAGCCUCCUUGGGGACAGAAGAAAGUGGCCGUCGUAAAGAGGUGGCUGUUUUAGAGAGGUUUUAAACAAGAGUCAGUGUAUGGAUUUUCUGUCCGCCGCGACAAAAAAUCCUGAAGAAUACUCCACCGUCGAUAAAGUAGGAAGUGAAAAACAUUUAGCGGGGAAAUUGUGUUUCGUUUAGAAUUAAUCGCCUCCUUAUUUCUUACCGAAUCUCCGAGAAAGCGAGACUUAACGCUUUUUAAACAACGUUCUUGUUUAGGUUCGGCAAAUGAAUGAUCUUUGGAGUUGUUUUCUAAGCGGGUUUUAUCACUGAGCUGGCUGACGAUUCUGCUGCACCUUUCUCAGUUAAUAUGCCUUUCAAAUCGAGCUGAAACUUCGCAGAAAUACACAAAUAAAGAACGGGUAACAUUUAUGCCGUGAGAAACUUAUCCGUGCGUUAGUAGUUUUACCUGUCACCUGUGCGAAAAACAUUUUUGGAUAAAGUACGUGUGAAGACAUUUUUCCCGCAUAUAUUAAGUGAUUAUGUCACACGAACUGAAAUUAUGGAGAUAUUUAAACAAUUCGCACAAAAUGGCAAAAGACUUUGCUCGGUUUGCUGACAUCUAUAAUCUAGCAAAUACCCAUUAUGUUUCAGGGCAAAGUAAAAUAGAGACUGUGGACUGACUGCGGACUAUUGUUUUAAGGGUUAGAAAACAAUGGGACUAUUGUUGUCACGUUUCAUUGUAUGGUGCCGAAACAAUAUCCCAUAGUCUCCGUGUUCCCAUGAUCAUUGUUUUCACUUCAAGUUGUGUCACGCAAGAAGCCCGGACUAUAAUCUUCGAGACUACCAUGCUUUUGAAGUUUGCAGUGACCUGUUUAUGAUCUACUUCACAUUUUUAUCAACCAUGUUUGACGAGGAGUAGAGUGAGACAUGUUAAAAAUUGAACAGUAUAAAGAAAAAAAAAUGUUUACUUUGUAAAAGAAAUUUUCGUGAUCUUUUCCCCAUUUUGAAAUAGUGUUUGAAGGAAUAAUUGCUAAUGUAGAGCUACGAAAACUCAAACCUGAACGCACUCAUUAGAGACCUUUAGAUUUGAGGACGAGAACGAGUUCGAGUACGAGAUUUAACUUGCGCGUGUUCUCAAAAAAAAGACACCCCAGAAAGCUUCGUUUAACUUUUUUUCACCAAAAAAGUUAGUGCGGUUACUUGCACUUAAGAAGGUUAAACCCUCACCCGACAGCAAAAUGAUAACACUUCUUACAUUUAAUAACUUGUUUCCGCUACUUUGACAUUUGCUCUGAAACUCUUAGUAGAAUGACGACGGUUAUCACGUUUUCCCGCCAAAAAGCCGCUGGUUCACGCGCUGUUUCACUCAGUAUUGAGAAAAUCUCGUACUCGCCAUAGUCUUCCUCGUCUCAGAAUCUAAAACUCUCCAUUAAUCUGUGAUUACUACUAGUUUUAAAAUUGAUUACUGGUGGUAAUUCUGAAUAAUAGUUAAGGGCAUCUUUCUUGUUCGUUUUAUCCAUGUACGACGAAUCUUUUCCAGAAAACAGCAUUUGCCAAUUCAGCAGUCAUUUUUGAAUCCGCCCGAAGUAAGCAAGAUUACUGGUAAAUUUCUUAGGAGUUGAGGGUGCCAGAAGAUUGCAUUAAGAAUAGAGCGCUUUUCAAUUGAGUGUCGAAAACCAAAACCAAAGUAAUCACAACGGCCAAUCAGAGUAAAGGAAAUUAUAAGAGGGAGCCAAUGGCAACUCGAAGUAAACGCGUCUAACCGGCCUGUAGCGCGGGAAAACGCGAGUGACCAAGGAGCGAUUGGUUUUAGUUUACAUCUGAUUGGCUGAGAUGGUGGCGCGAGUUUUCUAGACCAAUCAAACAGCACAGUAAAGCAAAACCAAUUCAAUCCUGGGUUACUUUCAACACUCAAUUGAAAAUUGCUCUAAACCGUAAAAGCGAUUCCUUUCAUCCUAGUUAUUUUGGACCUCUGGUGCCUUUAAUUGUCUCACGCCUAAAUUCGAAUUUAAAACCAUUCACAAGGAAGUUGUUUAAUUUUUAAAUCUUUUUGGCUGAUUAUAGAUAAUUGUGGUCCGGGUUUCUACUCCUCGACUGGUGUAGCAAAGUGUUUCAGGUGUCCUUUUGGUACGUACUCUUCCGAUGAAAGGAACAAAGCCUGCAUAAGCUGCCCAAAUGGCACUUCUACUGUAAUUGAUGCAUCCAAAGGAAUCGAAGAUUGUGGAAGUAAGUGUUUCUGAAGGAGUUAAUACUUUAACCUAAAUAAAUAACAAAACAAACAAACAAAAAACACCAAUAGAUAGAUAGAUCGCUAAAUGAGUAAAGAAAUAGAUGAUAAAAAAUUGAAGACGCUGCUCUUUAUUUAAGUGUCAAACUGAGUUUUCUGACCGUUCUCAGGUUUCACGUUCGUUGACCUGUCCUUUUAAUCUUUAAAACAAAGAUUCAGUUCUUCAUGAAAUGUAAAGAAAAGUCGGUGCUCGAAAGAUUGUUGACUCAGAUAAACGGCCGCUAAUUUUACGUUCUUUUACUUGCUCUUUUUUCAUAUCAUUUCGAUCCGUCCAGCCCCACUCCUCAGAACCCUUUUCAGAGGUCUAUAGCAGGUAUGCAAGAUCAUGGAAGCGCGCUACCUGUCUCUUCUUCGAAACCUAUAUAAAUGUAUCAUCCAACUGCGAAUAAAAUUUCCCAGGUAAUUAUCGCAACAGAAGGGGACCAAGAAACGGUCAAAUGCUACGAAAAACGCAAGUUAUUUGCUGCUUGGCACUCAAACUAAUGGUGUUUAGAAUCAUUACGUAUCUGUUUUCUUGCUCAUACACUCUAGUAUACUAUUUCCUUUUAUACAGUGCAGUGCGCUCCAGGAACGUAUUCAGGCAACGGAGUAGAGCCGUGUUCGCCAUGUCCUGUUGGUACUUAUCAACCAGAGUCUGGGCAGAUUGCCUGUCUUCCGUGUCCGGGACAACAAUCUACCCAUGGUACUGGGGCAAGUUUGGUGGAUUUUUGUGGAGGUAAUACUUCUCCUAACUGUUUCUUCUUAAUUUAAAACCAGAAGGAACGUGAUGUUUUCUUUCCACAGUUGAUUUUAAAUUUAAUAUCAUAGGUGACGAAUUACUCCUUAAUUUUGGCGCGAAAUUUCAGCGUUAAUUUGUAAUUUCACAUGUGAAAUUACCAAAUUGCCAUGGAAAUUAUUAGGAUUUGGACAAAACGCGCGUGAAAUUAUUCCCUAAUUUCACGAGUAUACCAUUUGAUUACAGAUACAAACAUUACAGGGAAAAUUAUAUAUUUUUAUUGAAAUAGAGAAGAUAACAUUCGCCAUAAAAUAUCUUCCAUGUCACCUCUAGGGUAAUGACGUCAUCAGUCACGUGACUAUUGUCGAAUUAGGUUUCUUCGUCGCUGUGACAAGAUUUUAUUAUCCUGUUUAAAAUAAUGGCAUAUUUAAGGUUUUGGUUGUGUGACUACUGAAAUUAAAAAUUUAAGGUGAAACAAACAUGAGCGAAAAAGUCGGUAGGCUAGGCCUAGGGCUGUAGAGAGUCGACGUUUCAUCACACGACAGUGAAAAUUUGCAGGGAAGUAAUUUUCUACCUGGUAAUUUUUUAACGACCAAAAGAGGCACAUGACGUCAUCAGUCACGUGGCCAGAGCGUUUUGCAUCUUUUAGUUCCUGAUUAAAGUAUAUUUUUCGUCUUGAAUUGGCAAGUUUUUGAAUUUAGCCAGCGCUAACUUGAAACAAUUUUAAUACAAACAUUUUUGACACGAUUGCUUAUCUUUACGGCCAUUUUUGAACCUGAGUCAUGGAUUAAAAGAUCAAUUUUAUCCGUUUUAUCGGGAUGGUAAAAUCGCAAUACAAACGGGACCAGCAUCAUCGUUCUGGUCAUAAGGAAAAAACUGCUACACAACUUCGUCGGAGCGUCUUGCAAGACUUUAAUUUUCCAAUACAUAUCUUAUCAUUCGGCCCGCCUAAAGCAGUGUCCUAAAGCUAACCGUCCAGAAUCAAGAGCCAUAAUGGCCAGAAUACAAUGAAAGGUCAGAAAGGCUGGAAAUAUCAUAUUGGGCCCAUUACCUCAAAGAUCAGCAAAACUAUUGGUAUUUUCUCCAGACUAAGAUAUUAUGUUCCCACAAGUACACUGCUAACAAUUUAUCGAUCUUUGGUAUUCCCGUUUUUAUCCUAUGGGAUUCUUGUAUGGAGCCAACCUACACAAACUUAUAUUAAUCAAGUUCUUGCCCUACAAAAGCGUGCCGUUCGCCACAUAUACUUUGCUCCAUAUAGGUCGCAUGCCAUUCCUCUUUUUGUCUCCUCCAAUACCAUUCCAGUGACUAUGCUUUAUUUUAAAUCCAUUUCAAUUAUAAUGCAUGAUGUUUUCAAUAAGUUAACACCAUCCAGCACUUCUAGUCUUUUUAAUCGUUCAAAUGAGAUACAUAAUUACAAUACAAUAUUUUCUUCAGCUGGCAAUUACCACAUAAAACACUCAAGGUGUAAUAAAAAAUAUAAAUCCCCUUCAAGACAAGGGACCAAAAUAUGGAAUAGCAUCCCCCAAGAACUACGUUAUUAUUAUGUGUUCAAGAAAAAUAUUGAAAAUCAACUUUUGCAAGUUUUAAAAGAAGAGGAUAAUUAUGUUGGCAUACCCACCCUUAUCAAUAAGUUUCAAAAUGUAUGUCCAAAGUAGCUUUAUUUACCCACUUUCUUCCUUUCAGUCAUUAUCAUCAAUUAUCUAUUCGCAUAUAUAUUCAUACUACCUGCUUAUUUAUGGGUUAUUAAUUAUGUGAAACGUACUACUAAAUUUACUCUGUAAACGGUCUCUCCACUACCCCAUAGAUUAGCUCUAGCUAUUGUGCGAGUUAGUGUUGUCUGUAUUCUUGAAUACUUUGUAAAAUCUCUCAAUAUACUUUGAACUUUGAACCAGUCGUAGCUUACAGCUUUAACAUCGUUGACUAAAAAAUGGAAGGGAUCAGAAAAUUGUAGAUAGAACAAGAAAAUUAGUCACCUAAGAAAGGAUGUACCGCCCAAAAUCAGACGUGGAUAGAAUGUACCUCCUCCAGAAAUGAGGCUGGUGGAGGUGUAGAAGGCACAAGUGUAAUAACUGUACCCAAGUGUAAUAAAGGUCCCAUCUGUAAUAACAUUUAGACCCAAGCGUAAUAUAGGUCCUAUCUGUAAUAACAUUUGGACCCAAGUGUAAUAAAGGUCUUAUUUGUUAUGACUGAAAUAAUAUGAAACAUGUUCACAACAGUCUUGGGUAUCUUAACUUACAAGGCUGACAUCAAGGGUCAUGUGACCAACGGAACGAAGAAAAAAUAGCACAGAAUCUAGCAAUAGCUCUCGGUUUAAGUUUUGGCAAAUUUAUAACUGGCUAUGAAACGUGCUUUUAAAAAAAUUCAUCGCUCCAGAACAAAUGAAUAUGUCAUUCGCGUUCGCUUAUAUAAAAUGUCAGGCUAAACAGUUUUCAGUCCAGUGGAAUCUGUUAUUAUUUUUCCCCUCUGUCUUUUGGUUAUUUUCAGUAUUUCACUAACGGCUGAAUUUUAUUGAUAGGAUUUCAUGACUGUCUGUACUUGUACUGAAAAGGAGUACCUUUAAUUUAAAAUUGAUACAUUAGUGAAAUCUACUAAAGCAUAUGCCGUUGCUGAAUACAAAUUAUAUAGCUUUAAAAAAAUUGAGAAUUUCCUUAAAUCAUGUUAGAACGAAUAAAGAUAACAUAAGAAUUUUAACGUUAUAAGUAGUAAUAACCAAAGGUUACGGAGUGCGGGCGACAACUAUCGAAGGUCAAAACGCUUUUGCUCCAGCGCUGUGCUUGGUACGUUUCACGUGACAGAUGGUGAAAACACGCGUGAUAAGAUUACGAGUGGUAGAAGGUCCAAAUGCACGUGAUCAAAUUACGUUCUGUGCAUUCCAUUUAUUCUUAGUGGAAGUUCAAACGAAAGCUGACUUCGUGCAUUCGAUGCGUGCGUAAUAACAACUUGGAGAUUAGGAUUGCGGGCUCCUCUUGUCGCCCGCAGCAACAAAAAACACUCUCGUAAGAGCUCAGUAGAGCAGUACUGAGCACAAAUUUUCUUUGGUUAAUAAUUCUAAGUGACAAUGGCCUUAUUUUUUAACGGCCAGUGUCGUUUAGCUAAUAGUAAAUACUAUUCUAGCCGAACUACCAAGUGUAAAAUUCAGUUUGACUGUGACGUGAAAGCCAUGAAGAUAAAAUUAAAUGGCAAUGGUUGGUUUCCGCAGGUCACGUGAUUUUACACUCUUUACCUCUUAUUGGCCAUAAUUUGUUGUUGGUAUAUUACCAGGUUGAGUAUAAAGGUAACUUUUACAAAUACAGCCUUUAUUACACUUGGGUCCAAAUGUUAUUACAGAUAGGACCUUCAUUACGCUUGGGUUCAAAAUGUUAUUACGCAUGGGACUUUUAUUACGCUUGGGUCCAAAUGUUAUUACAGAUGGGACCUUUAUUACACUUGGGUCCACUUAUUACACUUGUUCCUUCUACAGAGGCCUGAUCCAACUGGAAACUACUUACAAAACAGUUACAAAAGGCUUAGAUACUUACCUUAUCACCGGCCAAAAAUAACCCCCGUCUCGUGAUUGCUAAAGAGCAUGAAAAUAAUAAUAAUAAUAAAAAAAAAAAACGAACGAACAAACAAACAAAGAAAAAAUACUCGGUAGCUAGCCAGGCUACAAUGUUUAGAAGAGAGAUCGACCUCCCCGAAACACUGCAACCUGAGACCGAAGCUCCAACCGUCUAUGCCAGAAAAGUUAAGCGUAAAGCAAAGCGCCAAAGAUCAACUGAAGCAAAAAUGGGAAGAUAAACAAAUGCACUGGCAAUGCACAAAAAGAGUCGAUGGCUUAAAGCAGCUGGGAUCAAAUCCGAAACAGAGGGCUUUAUCAUAGCUGCAAUAGACCAGACCAUCAAGACCAACUACUAUCGCUGCAAGAUCCUAAAAAAUGGUACAGACCCAGUGUGCCGGAUUAUAAUGCGUUCAAUUCCAGGAAACCAUUGACCAUGUCGUGGCAAGGUGCCCUGAGCUGGCCAAAACUGAAUACCUACACAGAUACAACAAGACCGUCACAUACCUACACUGGAACAUAUUAAUAUAAACACAAAAGAGAAAUGGUACGAUCACGAGCCCCAAACAGUAACAGAAAAAGAAAACAUCACAAUCUCGUGAGAUAUGCCAAUACAGAACAGAUCAUGAGAUGACGAUGACGAUGACGAUCACCAUAACGAUCACUAUCAGGAUGACGAUAACAAUAACAGUGAUAGUAUAAUUUAUUAUUUAAAAACCAAUGAAGGGUUAGACCUCGGGAUGGAGCCUUCCAUUUGUAAAAGUUGGUUGAGUACCCCUUUCCCCCGACGCAAUAUUUUUAAUCAGCCUUUUGUUGUAUCAGUUUUUCCCCAUCUCUGAAUCAUUUUUUGUGAGUGACGUGGUGUCCAGCAGUGCCUCUGUCGUUUUAUUUCGACACAAUUAUCUCAGAGCUGAUGUAAGGAUCCACAGAACAAAUUCGAAAUCUUUAAGCCAACUAUGAAUACACUAUGAAGCAGUGGCCUUAGUAGAAUCCAAAAAGGAUUCCAGAGUGAAAAUAGGGCCUUUAAUUAAAACGCAAAGGAGCCUUUUUUGAGAGUGGACCGUUAGCGUAGUUGCUAUCACGUAGAUUUCCUGAGAAUCAAGCCUGAGAAAGAAUAAGUGAUCAUUCUCUUCAUUAUAAGGAGGAUUAAAUGCCCUCUUGCCAUUUCCCCUUUAAUUUAGGCCACUCAAGCAUAAAUGAUACUUGUUUUAAUUGUAAACUAAGCACUGGCUUUCUAUUUUCAGAGGUAGAUACCUGUGUUUCCCAGCCAUGCAUGAAUGGUGCCAAAUGCGUAAACACGAAGGAAUCUUAUCGCUGCGACUGUGCUCCUGGAUAUAACGGUGUGAACUGCGAGAAAGAAUUAAACGAGUGUUUAUCCGCACCAUGUUAUCAAUCGUCUACCUGUGUCAACAAGGUAUUUCACAGCUACACUGACAUUCCAGUGUAUUUUCUGACUGACAAAUGACAAUUUUAAUAAGAUGCGUACAGUAUAACAUAGGUUACCAUCGCCUUCAGAUGACUUUGAUCCUCACUCAGACUAUGUCAUGCACUCAAGCCUGUUUUGUACACGCGUUCACACUUGGUCAUUACGACUGUCUACACGAGAACCAGAUAUAUCCGUUUGUGAAGUUUUCCACCCUGCGGACACUGUUCCCGUAUGGAAAAAAAAAGAUACGUUUACAAACUCAGACGGACUCGUGUGGACGUCAAAUGUAAACAGGCUAUCUGUUAAAAGAGCGUAAAGUGAGAAAUAGACCCAUCCAUGCUUUUUGAACUUUUGAAAUGGACCAGUUAGGGCAAAUCCGUCGACAUCACCAGAAAGAACGCCUCAAGGACGGUGCCCACUAUUGUUACUGCGCACAUUUUCUGCGCAUGCCAAGGUAGUCGCGCGCGACGCGAAAGAAAUGCGCAACACGAACACGCGGACUGGUUUUGUCUCAUGUAAGUCUGGGAGGUUCGAGUUAUUUCUUGUGGAAAAGAUGCGUUGUUUUUCAACAGAUAAAAAAUAAUUUCUAUUUACCUUGUCAAUUCUUUGAAAACCGAAGAAGUAUAUGCGAGUUUUGCUAUUUCUACGGAUGAUCGAUCUGACCGAACAUUUUAUAGUCAAACAAAAGUCAAUACUAAAACAUCAAAAGUUAUUGCUUCAAGAUGUUACGCUUAGAGCUUGGGUAUUAAAAAACCCCUUAAUAGGCAAGGAUCAGUAAAUCAGAAGGAAAAUAGCUCUAAGUCCUCCGCUUAAUCGAGAAACUGCAAGCUCACCUUUCACUCGCGUCCUUUGGGUUUUAUCGGCUAAUCGGCUAUAAACACUUUCCCGAAUAUUUCUUUAAUUGUGUAAGGGUUUACGUAAUUAUUCACCAGAAGAUAGAUUUAAAGCGUUCGAGUACAUACAGAUGUCCGUUUUAUUGAGAGUCCGAGGCUUUUAUUUGUUGAACAAACAAGAAAAAAACUAUCACAAGAUUGUUUGGAUUGCUGAGAUCGGAGCUUCACAAAUAGUUGCGGACCGCAAAGGAAACGCUUUCAUCGUGGAAAAAAUGAUAAAAAAAUUGUUAUGCUUUUUACUAUUAUCAUUGUUAUUUAAGCAUUUUGGCAUUACUAAGCAUUGAAAUUAUUGACUCAUUUGGCAGCUUGUCGUGUAGAUAGUAUUUCUUAAGGUUCAAUUUCACGGCACACAUAAUCUGGAUAUUAAGACAUAGCUGCCAUUUGGCUGUUUACAAACUAAAGAUGGAAGGUAAAACAAAGUAUUUCCAUUGUAAGACUGUCUUAGGUUUAACAGACACUGUUAAGUCUAAAAUUAACAUUUAGAAACGAAAAAUAGUGAAUGAUCAUGACACAGAAUGCUACAGUAAAGAAAAAUCAAAACGAAAUAUAUAAAAUGAUCAUUAUAGCCCAGUGCAUAUAUGACGGUACAUAAACGCAUUCGGUACAACUACUUUCACACCAUUCAGCUUUUUAAAAGAGAGCUCAUGUAUGGAACUUGAGUCAAUGCAAAUCAUUAUAUCAUAUGACACUUGUGGCAAAGCCCGAAAGAGAUAGCGCAAAGCACAGAUAUAAGCUCAUUGAUUGUAUGCAAGUUUAAUAGCAUAUUCGAUCGAAGUACCCGGUAAAAUGAUAAAAAAACGAUAGAGGGUUUACAAUCCAUAUUACGUCUACAGUUCAGGCAUGUACAGGUAAGCAAACGAUCGAAGGAGUACCUGUCAACUAUUUUCCACUACAGUACAGUAGUUUGUUUACAGCACCAGCCGUGCAUCUUGAGCUCGCCAUAUUACUCUAUGUGCGCUGCAAGUAAUCUCUAAAACCUUGGAGAUUACUCUUCUCCAAAACUUUUGGUUAAAUGUUUGAGACGGAGAAGCUCCAGUUGAAUGAAAUAGUAUAAUUUGGUUUCCUUAGAGUCCAUGAAAUGUCCUGCUUCACUUUCUGUUUUUGCUCUCCUCCGUGUGUUGUUGUUUUCUCUGACUGUUAUAGUUAGCCAUUGUGGAUAUCCCAGAGUACUCCGCGUUGAGUGAAGCAGUACUGAAACUGACCGGGGAGGGGAUGGGGAAAGUUGUAAACAACCCCCAAAGCGAUUAAGUGAAGGUCGAAACCAACCAAUUUAACUUCUAAAAACGCGUGGUAACCCCUACUUUUCGUCUUACCAAAUGAAAGUAAUAAGCCUACUCAGCAAACAAUCAAUUUUUGGUUGGGGGAAAAUGCCGUUUACACUACUUUUGAGGCAAACGCGUGGAGAGGGGUAACUGCUGAUAACUUCCAAGUUGUGCUGAUAUUUCAAAAAAAGACGUAUAAAUAGCAGUUGUUAUGUUAUCAUUUGUUGCCUAUUUUGAAACCUUGUUACAAUUCUCAUUGCAUUUGUGCCAGUUCACGUCUACACUCUGAAAUUUUGCGAAAAAAUAACUAUUUACCAUUUUUCUAAAAAAACGCCUAUUCAGCGUUUUUCUCCAUAUUGAAGCGCAGUUACCUCUGAAAAAUGCGUGGUUACCCCCAGUUUUCUUUUUGGAUUUCAAUAGCCCCUGAUAUGAUCUACUUGUCUCACAUAGUCAUUAUCUGGGUAAAAAUACUUCUCAUUAGUGGGCACCGCCCUUAAAAUCAGAAAAAUUGCCAAAUUUGAUUUGAUGAAAGUGAUACGUCUUAAGCAAGCGAAGAUAAACGCCGCGGAGGAUUGAUUCCACCACAUCUGAAUGUAUUAAGCUAUAACUGCGCUCUAACCGACUGAGCUAUACGAGGCGUACGAAGAAGGGGCGAAGAAGCCCCAACAAUGUCUGCUUUGGAGGCUAUGGUGGACAUUGAACUAUGAGUUUACAGACGAUUUUAGUUUCAAAUAAAAAAAAAAGUUUAUAACGAAGCAAGUGAAACCUUGAAACUAUUUAUGAAAUCUCGGUUUUCUCGAUCAACUCUCAGCAGAUGUCACGGAGUAAGGAAUUUGCGGGAAAUUUACCCUCAGUAUAUCAACAGGAUUUAACAUUUUGAGGCAAAGAAGAGGGCCCUGUAUGAGGCAAAGAAGAGGGCCCUGUAAAACAUCCCGGUCUGUGAAAUAAAGAAUGGCACUACUUGAUGAUAAUUUAUAGUUUGUCGGUAAAACCAAACCGUCUCUGAUUUCGUAUUGGUAGGUCAAUGAGUUUAAAUGUCUUUGCCCUGACGAGUACACUGGAGAUGAAUGUGAUCUUCCGUUUAGCCUCUGCAAUCAAAGAAAACCCUGUGUAAAUGGCGUUUGCAUUGAUAAAGCUGGUAAAUAUGACUGCCAAUGUCCCGUCGAUUACAGCGAGACGUUCUGUGAGAUGAACAUCAACGAAUGUGCUUCAAAUCCAUGUCAGAACAAUGGAGUAUGCAUCAGCGGGGUUGACUCCUACACUUGCAAGUGUCAGGCAGGAUACAGUGGCGUCAAUUGCCAAUUCAACAUCGAUGAUUGCGCGGCCGCACCAUGUAAGAAUGGCGGCACCUGUGUGGACGGUUUACGUUCUUACAGUUGCCAGUGCCCGAAGGGUUAUACUGGAGCUAACUGUGAGUAUGCUAUUGAUUGGUGCGUAGGACAGCCAUGCAAAAGGGGCGCUACAUGCGUCAAUACUCUCACUGGUUACAGGUGUCUCUGCAAGCCUACAUACUAUGGAUGUCGCUGCACACGAGGUACACGUUAAAAUCAGCGUCAUGAUUACAACCCUUUUCUUGUGUUACAGUACGCUGCAAACGUUGCCACAAAAUUAGACGAACUUCGUCCAUUGUAAUACAAACAGUUUAACUUAAAAAUUCCGGUGAUCGCAGAGAUCUCACCGCAAUCGUACAAAUGAUAUUGAAACCAGCUUUAAGAUUGAGUUGACGUUUAUCUCUGCUUAUGUUGUCGGAACGAUCGGGAAAGAAUCGUUGCGACCGCUGAACGGUUUUUGAAUUUAUCUUAGCAACCGUAGUGAUCGCAGCGAUCAACAUCAAUGCUUUAAAAUUUUCUCCUAAUACCUUAAGUCAAACAGUCGUAGAGAUGGUGUUGCUUUCUCGGUUUUUAUGUUGAAGUUAUUUUCUUUCAGCUCUCUCAUCCGACUACGAUCUGUCUUUUCAAGUAAGAGCGGUGAAGUCAUAUUCCAAGAUAAAGAAAACAAUUCCAGACAUUGAUGCCAUAACUGUUGCUUUUUGGAUACGGACUAAUGAUACUAACCCAGGAACCGUGAUAUCAUAUGCUUCAAAAGAAGGAGAUGUUGUGCAAGACAACGCCUUUGCUCUUCAAGAGUACGCAAGCUUCGUCCUGUUCGUCAACAACCAAACCGCAUUCACAGGCUUGCGAGCUAACGACGGCCAGUGGCACCACGUGGCUAUCACGUGGGAAAGCGCUGGUGGCACGUGGCACGCAUACAAAGACGGUGUGGAAACUAAAGCAUCCUCAGUGCCUUUUCAAAAAGGUCAAGUGGUAAAUGGUGGUGGUGUGAUGAUUCUUGGCCAAGACCAAGACGAGUUAGGUGGUGGGUUUAAUACUGAGGAGAACUUGAUUGGCGAUGUUAGUCAGAUGAAUGUUUUUGACUAUGUACUCUCUGCUAAUGACAUAUAUAAUCUGGUAUACAGUUGUGACUAUGUGAAAGGGAAUAUUGCCGCAUGGGCCGAUUUUAGAGAACAGCUGUUUGGAGAAUAUCACGUGACCGAUAAGUCAUACGCAUGUGACUGUAAGUAAAUGCUCUUUUUUAAGCCCCGUGCAAACGGAUGCAACAUUGUUGGCCAACAACUGCUAACAUUGUUAGAUGUAGAUAGGUAGGUAGAUGGAUGGAUGGAUGGAUGGAUGGACGGAUUUCUUUAACUUGCUCAAUUCAACAUACUAAUAAAAUAAAAAAAUAGUAACAUCAAGUAGUGAGAGAGUUGGAAUCAUCCAAGUAGCAAAGGCUAAUCUUGUGGAUGACCCCAAUAGAAUACAAUUACACACAUAAUUGAGAAUAUAUUAUUUUUAAUGAAAAGUAUUUCUUCUAGAGCUAAGGCAAAAAAAAUUAAUAUAACGAUUAACCAUAGAAUUCUUCAGGGUUCUACGAAACAGUGUAAAAGAAUCUCUUUUAGUAAUACAUCAGAGCUCGGUUUCGAUUUGGAUUUGUUAGGCAUGAUUAGAAAGAAAAAAACUGACACCUUGUUGCAUGUUGUUGCGUGUUGUUGGGAGUUGUUGCUCAAAGUUUGAAACCGGCCAAACUUUCGAGCCAACAACUCAAAAAUUUCUUUUGUUCCUUGGUCGCCAAAGCGUAGCGCAACAAUGUUGGAUCCGUUUGCAUAGCUCUUCCAACAUUGUUCGGGCCUCGAACGCGCAUUAAGCAUGGUCUUGGAGUUUAUAAAGUCGUAUGGGUUGUAAACUUCCCACGAUGCAGUGCAAGUCCUAACAUUGUUGGGACUUGUUGCAUCCGUUUGCACAACACUGCCAACACGGACACAAUAACUCCCACCAUUUUUGGUCACACAAUGUUCGAAGUUGUUGCGUCCGUUUGCACGUAGUUUAAUUUACACGAUACAAUGGAAUUAUAUAUUGACAUUACUAGAACAGGAACACUUCGAUUUUGAAAGCAAAUGUAUGUUUGCUGCUCUUUUUUACUCUUACCAGUAACUGACAUUUUCAAGGUUGAAUCUCUUGUUAGCAGUUAACUCAGUGGCCCGAUUGCUGAUAGUGUGUAGUGAAAUUGUUAGAAAUGUAAUCCUGGUGUCAUUUUCCCAACAGUUUCUGCUGCACAACGCCAGUUUCGUGUAACAUACAAGUCCUACAUAUCAGGAAGCGAUGACAAAGUAGUUAACAACGGCGACGCGGAGUCCUGUGCAUCGUCUUGCCUGUCAGAAUCUGCCUUCAUCUGUAGAUCAUUUGAAUUUGACAACUCAAGCAACAUAUGUCGCAUGAGUGCAAAAUCAUCAAUUAACAGUGCGCUGGCUCGUUCGUCCAAUUCCAGACUUUUCGAGUUAAGUAAGUAUGGAGUACAUAGCAAUUCUGAGAUACCUUAAGAAACUCAGAGAUCGACGUUCAUAAAGUGUGAAAAUUAUAAAUUUGAGAAAAUUUAUUAGCCAUUCAUAGUUUCAUGUUUAGAUGACAUGUAUGGUUUAUUUCUUGUAUUUAUGAUACACUAUGUAGACUGUCUCAAAACCCUUGGAGUAUCUACCGGUCGUCUUGUUCUUGACGAUGACAUGACAGCGUCGAGCCAGUUAGACCCAGAGCAUGCUCCGUCUGGGGGUCGCCUGAAUUACCAAAACCAAUUCGACUCUCAGGGACGCAUUACUCAAAUUGGCGGUUGGUCAGCUUUAACUAACGACGAACAUCAGUGGCUGCAAAUCAAAUUUAGCCAGAUUUAUCAGAUUUCAGGGGUGGCUAGUCAAGGCAGCUCAGACGAUACCCAAUGGGUUACGACAUACAAACUCGAAUACAGCACCGAUGGCUCAACCUGGAUUUACUAUCCACAAGUAAGAGGCUUAAUCCCAUCAAAUAUCUCCUUACCACAUAAAUUGAGAGCUUAAGCAAAAACGACGGCGACGGCUACGAAAACGAAGAAGAAGAGUCCAUGUUUUUAUCUUUUCAUCCAUUGGCUGAUAAAACAAAUAACUAACACUUAACGAAACCAUUUUUCUAGCUUAUACGAAAAUCGCUCUAUCUUGUGUUCCCGUUCUCGCAAAGUGUGAAAUUAGGCACUUUCACGUUGUACUUCGCGCAACGACGGCGGUGUACAAAAAAGCUUGAUGAAUGUGCAAAGUUGUUGUUUUUCUAAUAUAUAUAGUAUAAAUAGUAUAUAAUAUAUUGUCAGUAACGAAGUAGUAAUGUAAUUGUCUUAUCUUUGUUGGAAACAAAAAGUAAGCAAAUAUAUAUGGUUCUGAAGAUUUUUUUUCUAACAAAAAGCUAAACAAAAAGAAUAAUGAUAAUAAAUAAACGAUUUACAUGUAUGCUGCAGUAAUAAGAAUUGUGUCUGGAGGAGCAAAGGGUAAACAACUCUCAUUAAAAUUUUCCACCUGACAUGAAUCUGUUUAAAGUUUGAUGAUCUUACGAAAGUGGGAAAAUGCUGAAAAAGGUAAAUUGUAGCUGCGUAAUAUUUUAAAAGCACUAGGGUAGGGAAAUAGAUGUCCCUAGAGAUAUGUGUUCCCGGCAAGGGAAACAGAUAUCCCUAGAGAUAUGUGUUCCCGGGAAGGGGAAAGACACAUCCUUAGCGAUUAGUGAUAUGUGUUUCCCGGGUAGGGAAACAUAUCUCUAGUGAUAUUAUUAAUGAUAUUAUUAAUGGCCAUAGCACAAACAAGACAAACAACUUAGUUUGCUUCAAAGACGUUGUUCCCUUUUACCUCUACAGAUUCUGACAGGCAACACAGACCAAAAUACAGUGGUUCGUAAUGAAGUUCAUGUGUUUCAAGCAAUGUAUUUAAGAUUUCGACCACAAACCUGGAAGUCAGCUAUUACAAUGAGGGUUGAAGUGUAUGGCUGUUCACCACGUAAGUAGUCUCUUAAAAAAUUAAGUAAAAUAAUAAAUAAAAUAAGGGAAUAAAAUAAAAUUAACAAAAAUAAAUGAAUAAAUGAUGAUUUUGAUGUAGCACAUCCACAGCGCACAUUACUACCGUAAGCAAAACGUGCGGAGCAAGGGAUAGAACCUACAACAAACUUAAGCGGACAGGUUCACAGUUAAGCGCAUGCCUUUAUCAAAAUGCUGUUUUUCUGCCGGGACAUGCUGUAUCAUCUCUGCAAGCAAUAUGAUAAUGUCAUAAUGUUGUCAAAGAACCAAUCUGCACACUCCCCUGGCAGUCACUUGAACUUGAUCAACUUAGAUAUUUGCAAAUAGCUGUAAAUUAAUCAACCAUGGAAUAAAACCUUCAAGUCAACUUUAAAUUCAACGGUGGUCGUGUUGGCAUAAUCCACUGAUUUUUUCUGUGAUUUUAGUACUCCUCCAUCCUACUUCAGGUUAGUCUGAAAUAUACUUCUACUUUGAAAUACACGCUGAGAUCACUGAGAUACGUGUGAGUGAAAUUAUUGACCGAUAGAAUUAAUAAUAAAUUGGAAAAACGUAAUUUAAUUAAUGAGCAUGCGCUUAACCGUUAACCUGUCCCUUUAAUCCCCCAGUGUCAACUUCUCUGGGUUCGAAUCUCCGGGGCCACGAUGGUUAAAGGCGAUUGGUCUCACCUCUCGCCACCCAUGCUCGGUUUCAGUUCAGCACGGUGUCAUGAUUUAUUGUGAAAAUUAUAAUUUGUUUAUCCCCGAAGCUUUAAGGAGCUCUUAAGAACUCGUUUAAGCGUGCGUUUCACAUCCAAUUUGAAUUUAUUUGAAAGUGUUGGUUUUUCUAGAAGAGGGGAAAAAGGAAGUUUCCAGAAAAAAAUCUCUUAGAGCAAGGGACAGAGCCAGCAACAAACCACAUAUAGAGUCGACGGCCAGGAUAUGAACGUGAACAACAUUUUUUGGAGGCGAUUGCUCUUCCCACUGCGCUACCCUUGCUCCCCUAUCUAUAAACCUUAAUAAGUCAAUAAAUUAUUGCUCCAUUUUUCUUCUUUUCUCAGCCAUUUCCAAACCCCCUGACAAUACGGAUGAAUGUUCCACAUCACCGUGUCAAAACAGUGGAACUUGCGUCAAUCGAUACAACGACUACAUUUGCCAAUGUGCAGAUGGUUAUCAUGGAAAAAAUUGCGAGACUGGUGAGCGUUACAUUAAAGAGCGGAACGAACGAAUGUUUUAGGCCAUGUCCACAUGAAUCCAGACGUUUUCAACCACAAAAUUUUACAUGGAUUUAUGUGAACGGGGCCUUAAAACGCUUUGGACAGCGGUUUCAAAACAAAGCGGUUUCGGUGACCGGAUUCACUGGUUUCGUAAGGACGCAAGACCAAUUCGGGUAAAAAAGUAUGCGGUUUAAGAAAUAUUGGGAUUCGUGUGGACGUGGCCUUAUACUUGUGCGCAAAGCUUGAAAACUUGCAAUUUUCCUGCUUGAGUAAUACAUGACAGUAGUAUAGUAGGGACCGUUUAUUCGUUAUCUGUUUUUUUGAAGUGGAAUUUCAUUAGUUUGAAAUAGUGGUUGUGGUGGUGGAGGAGAAAAAGGGAAAAAAAUAGUUUUUCGUGGUAGAAAGAGCUACUUUGACUUCGUCCUCGUUAAAUAUGUAUGAUUUUCGUGCGAAGAACCAGUGAACCGGAACUUAACAAUUUGUUUGGCAAUAAAAGCGGUAGGAAAUAGAAGAUAAUUACUUUGCGACUCCGUAUUUUUAUGAGUUUUCCCUUAUUCCUUCAACAACAUGAAUAAAAAAAUAAAUGCAUUUCUUUUUUGUCAAUCAAUCAAAAAGCAAAGAACCAGAAAACCUAUCCAAGCCGUUAGUCCAACUAAAAAUAGCACAUGGCCUGAUCUUAUGACCUUAUUCAUGCGAUAAAAACUAAAAGCUGUGACGUCAUUGGUGUUAAUGUACUCCACUUCAAACUAAUGAGAUUCCAUUUCAUAAAAAAAAACAGAAAGAUAAUCCGUCAGUCGGCUUUCCUACUGACUGAGCAAAUAGAUCUUAAUAAUCUAUUCUUAUCGAAAGAGCAAACAUAAUUUCUGUAUCCCUUUUCAGCUUCUUCCUGUUCGGUAAUUGGUGCACCAAUUUAUGGCACAGUUUCUUCGUCUAACAACAAUGCAGGAAGCACCCUGCAUUUUACCUGCAAUAGUGGGUACGUCUUGACUGGUUCUUCGAGUCGGACAUGCACGGGAGGAGAGUGGACUGGACGCCAACCGUGGUGUCUAGGUAGGAAAAAUUUUACAGUGGUCUCAACCAAGCAUUAACUUUAUUAACAAAAUUAAUUUACUUAAGUUUAAAAAUUACCAAACUGCUGGUUUCUGUUUAUCAAAUCAUAUCGAAGGGCGAUGAAGCAUGCUGAAAAUCUGAAAUUUAUUGAUUUCAACGUUCGUGGUACACGUUUUACGCAUAAGAAACUGUACACUACUUCGAACAUAUGUACAAAAAUGGCUAAAAUAGUGUCCGAUAAUAAAAGCGUCCGAAUUUUUAAGGCACAGGGUCCAAAUCGGUAUUGGUUUGCGCUUAGAUAAGGCUGAGAGGUAAACAUUCCAAACGUACAUUAAAGUGAAAAUUUGAAGUUAGAAGUUCAAUUCAUCUUCUUGGGCAGCGACUGAACAGAUAACGCAUAAAACCUAAGUUAUCUGUAUUCAAGAACAUAUUUGACUUUUCUGAAAAAAAUGCUUUUAAUUACAAGAGUAAUAAAAAAUAAUUAGCCUGCAUAGCCGGUGAGAUCGUUGGCAGGAGCAAAGUUAUGGCAGAGAAAUUGCGAAUUCUCGCGAAGAAUGAGUUCCUCCACGGCGGGGCCAAACCACCCCCCAAACGGCUUAUUAAGGCUAAAUUUACGUAUUUUUUACAUUUCUUUUCAUUUCUCGACCAAACGUUCCAGAUAGACUACGACUGCUGACCAAAUGAUAUUAAGUUUUUGUUUGACGCAAAAUGUUAAAUUGUGACGUCACAAAGGCUGACGUCACCAAAAUGGGUUAAAUGCAGUUUAUAAUUUCAAAGUCCAACUUAUAUCAUUUGAAAGGGCUUUAGAAGAGGAGUAAAACAGUGAAAACCGUUUCUGGCUACGACACGUACAACCCGAGUUAUAAGACUUCAAAGAAAUUUGAUUUCACCCCCCGGAACCAUACUUUUUUCUUAAAAAACGAUCCCUCUGAUAUUUUUUCACAGUUUUUGGCGAAAUAAGCUGAUUUUCCGGUGACACAUACCUUUUAUAGUUGGCCAAAAUCGUAUCAUUUUAGAUUUUUGAUUUUUGACUCAAAAACACUAAUUUAAGCAAACCAAAAAAUGAUCACGUGACAUUUUAUGACGUCACAAAACUGUUUUCCGGGUUUUUGCGAAGUUAGGAAUUUCUUUUUUCAAAUUUUUCUUUUUCCUUUAGCUUUCGACAGUAAAGAUGUGUUAUGUGUAACUUAAACAGCAAGGGUGACUCGACAAAAAAACUCUGAAAUUAAUAUUUAUUUUAAAAGGUGGGUACCCCGUUUUUGUGCUCCAAAUUUAUCCAAAUUCAAAAUGUCAUAUCUCAGCUCACAUUUGAGAUACUGAAAAAAAUUUUUUCAGCUUUCAACUUCUCUUAAAUAGUUCUUUCAAACACGACAUAAAAAUGUGGGAGAUUCAAAAGUACUAAAAUUUACGUAUGAAUGACGUCAUCAAAUAUGACGUCAUAAUUUGACAUUUGGUGUCAUUCUAUAAGCGAUUUUGAUUGGCCUGAUGUUUCGUAUUUUCAGGCCAAUUUUUUCUGGGAAAGAGUAAAAGCAAGCAAAGUUAUUUUAAGAGCGCCUGUCUGUAAAAAUCAGACAAAUUCAAAAUUUCGCGGCAAGGGUGGACAAUUCGAUUUCUUUCAUAUUUUAAUGUUACAUAGGCCAGGGUAUAACUAAAAUCACUGUAUAGUUCUUUCGAUGAAAUAUCCUUUUAUUUCAGAGAUAAAUGCAAAUAAGCAAAAUCCGUUAAAAUCGUCAUUUGAGGCGCUCAAUUAUUACAUGGGUUUGAAAGCCUCGCAUGCAACAGCGGAUUACUCUACCGUCUUUAAAACAUCACAGCCUUCUUUUACAACUUCUAAAUAUCUGUUAAAAUGAUUUGGGGAGAUAGUGCUCUGUUCUUUGUGUACAAUAUAAUUUAAUUUCGAAGGCAUACAAUUUACUUCAGUAAAAGUAAUGCGUGAAAAAACGUAAUUUUCACCAUGUGCGAAACCUUCAAAUCGAUUGAGCUGCUGGUGGUUGAAUUUUAGAAGGAUGGUCUACAGAUUCCUGUAAAAAUUUCUUUGGGCAAAUGAUUAAUAGCGACGCGAGAGCUUUACAAAAUCUGUUAAAAAUGCAGAUACUUGACUCCGUGACCGAACUUUGAAGUUGCGAGGCGGACAAAAAUUUCGUCCCGUCACUUGUCUAAACUCGCAGUAGAUUAUAAUAAACAAUUAGGAAACCCUUUUGAAAUGUUCUUACCUUAAAAUCUGCUGUAAAAGACGAGUCCAGAGGCUAUUUUAGCCCGCUUAUUGAGUCGUUUGAUCUUUGUCUUGUAACGUGUAAUUGUACACCACGCCAACUGUCAACGUAUUCACCGGACAAAUACAAUUCUUUGGCCAACUUUCGGGGCUUUUCAUUACGACUUCAUCUUUUUCGACGGCUCAGUCAUUUAUUAAACAUUGCUUAGAAUGUAGUAUCUGAAAAUAUUACCGCGCAGAUACUACAUCUGACUGCUACAACAGAAUGACACAAAAAUGCCGGUGCUCACAUCUUGAAUUGCAGGCAGCGUUUGUAAGUCACGCAAUCCAAUUUAGCGGGGUGGAGAAGGGUGAAGUAGCAAACGGCCACAACGAGAACAACAGCAAUAAUUAAGGCCGAUCACUAUACUGGAUAGCUUUUCGUGCAGACAGAAAAAGCUAUCCGGUAAAGUAUGAACACCUAUCCGGUAUGUGACUCUUCUGUUUACAGAUCGGCGCGUCGCAGCUUUGCUUUUUCCCCCCGGUGGGGGGGGGCUGGGGUACUUUCUUAUAAGAGGCUAAUGGGGAUGCGCCGCUGGAUGGGGUUGCAUUUUUACGACUGAUUGACUAUAACGGGGUCGCAUUUUCAAUAGAGUUACUAGAAUGGGGUCACACAUUUUCGGAUUUUUGGGGGUAAGACUGUUCGUCAUAUUUACGGUUAGCAAACGUACCACAAUUUUUUUACUGUAAACGGAAAGUAAAGUGGUCUCAUUCAAUCUAAAAAAUGGGUCAAUUCAUGAAAAUAGACAGUGAAAGUGAAGGUUGGGAUGGCGAAAAUUACAUAUUUGCCCAAAAGUGACUAAGAUGGGGUCUAUAAUUGGCCACAAAAUAGACUAUAAUGGGGUAGGGGCUCUGAGAGGCCAGCGGGCACAUACCCAGAAAAAAUUAACCCAAGUAACCACCCGGGGCUUUUUCGGACCGAAAUCACCCUUCUUUGCGUGAACAGAAGCCCUAUCGGAUAUGCUUUCUUUUUGUGCCUGCACAAAACCUCUCCGGUAUAGAGUGAAUGAAGACAAUCUAUAGCUUAAGAUAGUGAUACCCUUAGACACGGUCUUUCCCUAUUAAGAUCCAAAUACUGGUCAUUUUGUUUAUUCACAAUUUUGUUUGUCAGCUCCCGGACUGGGUGAUUUUAUUAAACGGUAUCAGGACCGUUAUCAGUGCCAUAACCUGCCGAAAGGAAGUCGUACUUGGAGUUGUUAAAGAAUUUAGUAAAAGUCUGCAGCUGCAAUUCUGUAGAACAAACUCUAACGUAAGCAUGCAGUCACAGUCUAGGGACCUCUGACAUUAAGGUCAUUUCCCAACCCUUCUCUUAGAAUCAUAGUAGUGGUGGUGUUACGAGACAGCUCUUUAAAACUUCGUUAUAUUUUGCAAAUAUAAACACAUGUAAAUACCGUAUUUCCUCGAACAAGCGCCCCAGCUCGGCUAAAAGGAGAGGUGCUUAAACUGGAAGGAGGGCGCUUAAUAAGGGAGGCGCUUGUUAACUUUUUCUUUCAACAAACGGUAUUUCUAUUUUGUAUAAAUGCAUCUGAACGUGUUUGGUGGUCUGUCCUGUGCGUUCAUUUUAACUCUUUUUGAUUUAACCUGUUACAUAUCUGUGUACCGUAUUACCUCGGUAAGGGCCCACGCUCUAAUAAGCGCCCGUCCCCGAAUAAGCGCUCACCCCGUUGGCCAUAAUAUCAAACAAGCGCCCCUAUCGAAUAAGCGCCCUCUCUCUACUCCUCAUAACUUUCUUAAAUAGUAGGAAUGCAAGAGGAAUGGGACGAUCUGCUUAUUGAUGACGAGGAUAAUCUCGAAGAUAAAGAGCAAAGUGAUAGCGCGUAAAUAUAGCGCGCGCACCGUGAAAGAUAGUGACGUCAUUACUACAAACUCUCUUGCAAACGCAACUCUAGGCUGAUUUAGCAACAGAACGGGAGCGUUAGUUGACGACGGCGCGCGCAAAUCAAACAACAGAGCGGCACAUUGGCAACGAAAGUCGCGUUUAGUCGUUUCCGCGCGCUUUCCCGUCGUCAACUGACGUUCGCGUUCUGUUGCUAAGUCAGCCCAUGCAAAAGUCGGGUUUGCAUGAGCUGUGACGUCACAAUCUUUUGCAGUGCGCGCGCUAUUCACGCAAUCCCUGGCGGUGUGGGGCGGGGAAGGGGGGGGUACUUCCAGAAAAAUUUUGGCGGGGUUGUGCGGCACGCCUUCUGAAACCCUUACCCUAUUUCAGACCAAAAUCUGAGAUUUUUCCUACCCUAUUUCAGACCUGAUAAAAAAUUUGAUACCCUACUUCAGACCUGAUCCUUAAAUCAAUACCCUAUUUCAGACCUGCCUUAUAAUCAGUUCCCUAGGUCAGACCAAUGUUAAAGGCAAUGUUGAUACGCUUUGAUUAAGUAGGACACAAAACUGUACAAAAUUGUACUGUUACGAAACGUACCCGGUUAGCCUAAAACCCAAAGGGAAAUGGUCUUAUCGCCUAAUUAUGAAGAAGUAGCUUCUUCUAAAAAAACAUACCCAGACAAAACUGGUCGAAACUGAUACCCUUUUUUAGACCAAAAGAGAUAAAAAACCAUACUCUUUGGCGCCGCACACACCUAUAUCGCCGAUAUAAGGGAUUACCCAUCCCCAUCUCUCCCGGGCCGCAAUCACUAUACAUUCGUGUAAAGUGUUUAAAGGGACUUCGGUGUUUUAACGAAUAAAAGGCACAAGUCUCGAAGAAUCUGUACAGAAAACUUUCAUAACCUUUUUAUACAAAACAAGAACUGAUUACGCUCACAAAAAUUCGUGUACAACAGGCCGCAACUAGCAGCAUACCCCUUUUGAUUAGCGCCUGCAACAAUGAUUCUUGCUUCUUUUUCAUUUUUGAAACCCUGUUCGCAAAUGUGACACGCGAGUUGUUAGUGUAACCAAUAACGUUAAUUGGUAACGUUCGCGAAAUAAGAUGACCCAACGAAGGAUAGCUGUCAAAAUAAAAGGAACAGAGGAUUUUGUCGCCUGAAAAAAAGCUGUAGGCAUCUUUCAAGUUUUGUUAAUUACAAAAUUUUCCAAUUUUUUGCAAAGGCCAAACUCUAUUUUUUGUCGCAGUGCCAACAGGUUCAGUUUUUUGUCGAUGUUUAUUAUGUCGUAACUAACGAUGACACCAUUUUAUGCUACGACCAGAAUCCUCAGUUCGCUUUCUUGUACAAAUCAGGACUUUUGAUCUUGCUGGGAUUACUAAAUUUAAAAAAAAAUACAUGAAAGGUAAAGUAAAGUAAUGCCAUCGUGCAAAUGCGUAGUAUUCGUUGAUAAAUCGGCUUUAAAAAAACUCUUUAGUCGUGUAUAAAGGGUUUCUAGGUGUGCUACAUGUACUUUUUAGCACCACCACUCCUCCCUAGUGAAAAUGCACAUGACAGUAUUGCGUGACGAACAGCGUCGACAUUAUUGUGCCGUUGUAGCACCGGUCAGAUAUAUACUUUCUUGCGGUGUAAAGCAUUGUUUAACAAACGGCUAAGCCGUCGAAGAAGAUGCAAUCGUGAUAAAAUUCGCCUAAAACUGAUCAAAGACUGGUAUUCGACCUUUGAAGACGUCGAAAGUUGACGCGGUGUGUCGGGUGUGAGGUGUAUUAAUUGCAGACGUUACAAACCAGAGGUCAAGCGACGAACGACCGGAAAAUCGUGCUAAAAUGAUCUUUGGACCGGUCCUUUACUGCUCAUCAUAAGGUAAAAACAAUUCGAAACGGUUUUCUAUCUGCUUAUUUUAACUUAAUGUGGGUUUAGAAAAAUGAAGGGACUAAAUUUAUGUCCGACUCGCAACUUCAAAGUUGACCGCAGAAGGUCAAAAAUCUGCAUUUUUAACAGAUUUUGUAAAGCUCUCGCGUGGCUAUUAAUCACUUGCCCAAAGAAAUCUUUACAGGAAUCUGUAGACCACCCUUCUAAAAUUCAACCACCAGCAGCUCAAUCGAUUUGAAGGUUUCGCACAUGGUGAAAAUUACGUUUUUUCACGCAUUACUUUUACUGAAGUAAAUUGUAUGCCUUCGAAAUUAAAUUAUAUUGUAUACAAAGAACAGAGCACUAUCUCCCCAAAUCAUUUUAACAGAUAUUUAGAAGUUGUAAAAGAAGGCUGUGAUGUUUUAAAGAUGGUAGAGAAAUCCGUUUUUGCACGCGAGGCUUUCAAACCCAUGUAAUAAUUGAGCGCCUCAAAUGACGAUUUUAAUGUAUUUUGCUUAUUUGCAUUUAUCUCUGAAAUAAAAGGAUAUUUCACCAAAAAAACCAUACAGUGAUUUUAGUUAUACCCUGGCCUAUCUAACAUUAAAAUAUGAAAGAAAUCGAAUUUUCCACCCUUGCCGCGAUAUGUUUGAUUUUUACGGACAGGCGCUCUUAAAUUAUUCGAAAUUGUCACGUCUUGAUAAGCCAUUUUGGGGGUGGUUUGGCCCCACCGUGUCCAGCUAAACAGGGUAUGAAGUAAUCCGAAACAUAACUGCACAGAUUAUAAGGUAACAAGUUGCUAUUAUAAAUUUUGCAUGUUUGCUACAGUAAAAAUCUCGUCUUUCCCUACUUAUUACUUUAGAUAAAAAUGAGUGUCAAGACGGUCCGUGCAAUCAGUGGUGCAAUAACACGAAUGGAGGGUACGUCUGCCAUUGCCAUCAAGGGUACGAACUCCAGGGAUCCACUACAUGUGUAGGUAGGUUGAUCAAAGGCUUUCUAAGUUGCGCGUUCCAAGUUCCAAGUGUAAUGGUGGCGCAGUAGUGAGAACACUCGUCUCCCACCAAUUUGGCCCGGUUCGAAUCCAAGCGACGAGAACAUCUGUGGGUUGAGUUUGUUAUUGGUUCUCUAUGAUUAUUAUCUUCUUAAAAGUUCUCCUUUAUUAACAAACGUUGAAAUUUAAUUGCGGCAAACAAACAGUUUAGUUGAAAAAGGAUUCUACAAAACUCUCGAAACUCUCGAAACGAAAGUCUCCUUUUUGAUUUAAACUUGCAAUAUCGGUCAAUUUACGUAACUUCUAAACUUCUGGCUCAGUUUACGUUUGCUUCUGCCUUGAAAAUGGAGGUAAAUACUCAGAAGCAAUAAAUAUUUGUAGGGAAAAAAUAUCAAAAACUUGCCAAUAUAUGAGGAAAAUGUACUUUAUACACGAAUUAAAAUUUUUAAAACGUUGUGGCACGUGUCUCUCUUUUGGUCGUCAAAAAAAUUUCGUCAGGUAGGACAUUACUUUCCUGCAAAUAUUCACUGCCGUCUGAUGAAAUAGCGAUUCUCUACAGCCCUCUGCCUAGUCUCCCGACUUUUCCGCUCAUGUUUAUUGCCCCAUUGAAGUUUAAAUGCCGGAAGUCAACUGGUUAGUUUUAAAUGCUAAUGAAAUCUUGUCAAAGCAACAAAAAACCUAAUUCGGCAAUAGUCACGUGAUUGAUAACGUCGUUUUCCUAGAAGUGAAGUGGAAAGUGCUUCUUGAAAAUGCCCUCAUAUGCGAUGUAUAUUACGUAUAAGUGGCUGGCCUAUACGUCACCAGAUUUGUUGGCAACAUUUUGUAACGUAAACUUGUCGAACACAAAAAAUUUGGUUUGAUUUUUUAUUUUGGCGUCCCUUUUAGACAAAGGAAUGUAACGUAUAAAUUACAAAAUUAAUGUGUCAAUUGGCUAAUCUACUUUGAUCAAGAGCCAUUAUAUAAUUAUGGCUCUUGACUCAUCGAAGAUUAUUACUAUGUUUGGGUGUCCAUAUAAGGCUAUUAACUCGAUGCAUGGACAAUAGAAAGACUGGGUAGGAUACUGGCUGACUUGAUCGGUUUCAACAUAGUUCGGAAAUGUGCAUCACAUUAUCGAGAGCCAUUCAAUCUCUUACAUCCGAUGUUUUGCGUGUCUUAUUUUUCCCUGCAUAUUUCACUAUCUCUGUCUUCGACGAUACAUAUUGGAUGAAGAGUACUUGCUCUUGGAGAAGACAGUUAGAGGGUGCAAAACCAGUAGAGGCAAAAAUCAGAGUAAAUGACUAUGAAACUUGUGAGAACGAAGAAUGACUCCAUCGCCCGAUAGUUAUGCACCAAACGGGAAGCCUAACUACAUGAAAACUAUACGAAAACUAAAGUGUAUACAUCUACAACACACCUACAAAAAAGGCAUAGCCUAAUUUUCUACAAACCACAAGAAAACUGGAAAUAAUUUUAAUUAUUUUUAUCACGGUUUUGAUGAUUUCUUUCCUGCUUUUAUCGACAAGCUCUGCCAGCGAGUGUCGAAUUUUAUAAGUUAACAAUCCUAUUAGCGGAAAAAACUGUCGAGGCUUGCUGUUUCAAGUACCCAGCUCAAACAAGGGUUUAAUUUUCCAUUCAAACUUAUUUACGGGCAACCAGUGACAAGAAGUCAUAUUUGAGAAAUCUAUAAAAAGCGGGGAUAAAAGCUCACAGCAGAGAAAGGAAAUUUGCUUGCGGACCACCGUUUACAAAAUAACAACAACACUCAGGAGCCUAAACGGAGGAACAAAAAAUGUCAGUAGGUGUUUUCCUAUUCACGCUACAAUUAUAAGUUUAUGUAAGGGAAAAGUAGAAAAAUUAUUCGAGUCUCUUCUGUGCCUUCGAAUACAAGCUCCGUGGAGCGACGUGAGGCGAUUGUAUUCACUGGAUAUGCAAUUUAGUCGUUUUAUUUCAACACUAAAGGAUGAGCGAAAUUAGCAUACUGCUUAACGAACAAUUACCAGGGUUAAUCUAGGAUAUUACUUGGACGAAACAGUUCUCGACACAAAAGCGUUUGCCGAUUGGAACUUUACAAACCGUGUGCGUACACUUACUCGGCGCCAGCUCAGAAUGUAGCUAAUUUCAGCCAUUUUCAAUCGAAGUGUAUGGCUGGAAAAUAACAGCACUCAGUUUGUAACUAUGCCUAUGCGACAAUUCCAUCCUUGAAAGGUCUGUCAAUCGUAGUUAUGAAUAGAAACAAGAAGGAACUUUCUUAAUAAAGGUGUCCCAAAAACGUCCCCUAGUCUACUAAAUAUGGCUCUGGUAAGGUCAACUUUGGGGAUGCAAUUUUCUCAAAAACAAGGACAAAUAACACAACAGAACAACAAGAAGUGCUUACCUUGAAGGUUCAAGUGUGGCUUUCAAGGGUCCUCAUCGCUGCAAGCCAAGAAAGGAAGGGAAAAACAUACACCAAAAAUUAAAGCAGCCACCAAAAACUCCGAAAAAGAACAACAUACAGGCAAAGAAACCCUGCGUUUCGACUGGUUUGCGUCACAUUUUCGCCAUCGUUUCGUCACAAAUUUCCACUAUGAUGGAACCAUGCAACGCCAUCUUGGUGCACGAAACAACCAAUCGGCGAUAAGAAAUCAGCCCACGUGACUUAAGUUUCGUAUCCUGUCUUUGUAUUAACCAUGCUCGAUGUAAGAUUUGUUUCACUCUUGGACUGUUUGGAAAAUAUUUUUCUAUAAAAUAAUGUAGCCUUUCCCUCAAAAGUCUCAUAAAUGUGCCCUAAAGUGUUAGAUUUAAAUUAUAAAUUUAUUAAUGAGAUUCUCGCUUUAGCCUUGGCCAUGGCUAAAUCUAAUCACGGUAAAUAUAACGUCAGAGUCCGAGAUAGCGAACCAAUCAGAUUGCUUGAAUCACCAAGAUCACUGAGUGUGCAUAUAUUAGCUAUUACUAUAUAAUAAUUAUUAUUUUUAUUAUUUAUUUAUUUACCUAUUUAUUUGCACUUAUUGGUAAAAGGACGUUAAUUUUAAUUACGAGCACACCCUUCCAAAUUCAGCGAUGAAGGUGUGUUUAUUUAUCUCAAAUGAAGAAAAGGCGUGUUACCACCAUUACCAAAGUAAUUUUGAAAAGCUCAUAAUCGCUUUCUGUUAUUUUCAGAUAUCAAUGAAUGCUCAUUCGCUAACGGAGGCUGUUCCCACACGUGCCACAACUCCGCGGGAUCAUUUACUUGUUCCUGUCCAAAUGGUAUGGAGUUGGAUUCUGGAAAAAGAAGUUGCAAAGGUAAAAUUAAUAUUUACAAUUUGUGCUCGUGCUUCAAUGAGCACAGACCGAGGUGAGCUGUAUGUCUACCUUGUCAGAUAUCAAAUCCGUUGCUGCACCCAGUGGUCAUGUCGUAAGUACGUUAAAUAUGAUCGUUCUAACCUUUCCACGACCAUACCUUUUCUGAAAUCAUCGUCAGAGUGAAUUGUGCGGAUUAUCUUGUUAGUGGCGAAAAACAAAAAAAGGAAGUUAAAGGAAACGAGUUUAAUGCCUUGGCAGUAAUUUCUAACUGCGAACAUGUUUUUUUUUUCUUUUGAGACAUCGAUGAGUGUGCAUCUUCAAAUGGCGGCUGUGAACACUCCUGUGUCAAUACCUUCCAGUCGUUUUACUGUGUCUGCAGGGAAGGAUACACUCUUAGGGCAGAUAAAACAACUUGUGAAGGUAAAGCUCCUUUGUAUUUGUCAGUUCCUUAUGCAGUGUUUACAUAAUUUUAAAGUAAGCAAAUUACUGGGGCCAAUUCACUUUAACUUUGUGUUAAUAGGGAGCUUAAGCAACAGCGACGGCUACGGAUACGAAAACGUCACUUAAAAGUGAAUUCGCUUUACUUCAAACUUUAUCGCCCUUAUUCCAACUCGUCCAAUUCGUCAAAUGUUGGCAAAUUUUUCUGGAGUUGAAUUCUAGAAGACUGUAUCAAAGUUCAGGAAAAGAAAAAGAAAGUCGUUGUCUUGUGUUCAUGUCCUCGAGAAAAAGUUAAUUUAGGCGUUUUAUCGUUGUAGUAGUUCAACGACGGCAAAGAAGUGUACAAAAAGCCUGAUGCACGCGCAUAGUUGCAUAGUUUUGCUAAUAUAAACCUAUUGCCUUUUUGCUGUUCUCGUUGCCGUCGCCAUCGUCGUUGCUUAGGCAUCCUAUAAAGGUGUUUGAGCAACGACGGCAACAACGACGGUGGUGAAAUCAUCUCUUCAAAAGUGAAUUCAAAAUUUAAAAAAAUAUAUAACAAUUAUUCACCGAAGUGGAGGUGGCAAUGUCUUUGUUUGUUACGGCAGCAAACCGGGAAGGCAUUUUGCUUGCAACUUGGCGAGUUUGGCGUCGCUCGCUCGGAGGAACUGGAGGUGAAUCAGUGAAUAGUGCAGGAUAUUCACUGAUUGGGUAGCCCAUCAGAGCGCAAGAAAAACACUAUCCACUGUUUUAGUAUAUACUAAAUAUAUAUAUAUCGCUGUUGUUCCAUGUCGUUCAAAUGUCAAAUUCUGAAGUCGGAUUGUAGAGGGCUGUGUGUACGCUAAAAAAUAAAAAAAAUAGGAAAUCGUUGUCUUGUGUUCACAACGUCCUUCACAAAACGUGGAAUUAGCUAGUUUCAAGCCGUAGUCGUACAUUGACGGCAAAGAAAUGUCCAAAAAAGCUUGAUGCUCAUGCAAUGUUGUUGUUUUGCUGUUCUAGACCUAUUCUCUUUUUGGAAUAGCUGUCGUUGUCGCCGUUGCUUAUGUACGCUUCUCCUUGAUAUGACGUCUAAAUGGCUUUUCUUGAUAUACCGUAAAAUUCCGAAAAUAAGCCCCUCCAUGUAUAAGCCCCUCCAAAUAUAAGCCCUCCAAAUCGGUAACGCAAAAAAACCCUCCGUUAAAUUGCCCCUCCAAAUAUAAGCCCUCGGGGGCUUGUACUUGGAAAAUUGGCCUCAAAUACAAAGUAAAACAAAGCAAAAACGGUAAAUUUAGUUUAAACUAUAAGAUUAGUCCAAUCGAUUUUGAAAUGCAAAUUUCGCUCCGUAGAUAAGCCCCUCCGAAUAUAAGCCCCUCCAAAAAUAAGCUCCUCAAAAAGGGCCUUUGAAAAAUAUAAGCCCCGGGGCUUAUUUUCGGAAUUUUACGGUACUUCUAUUUCUCGGGAAGUGAUCAAGCCUAUUUUAAGAACACUGCAGUGAAACCUUUGCAAAAGGGCCACAACCAGGACGACAUAUGGUAGCCGUUGUUUACAUGAAUUGGGUUUAAUAAGGACUCUUGAUAAAACUACCAAAAUGACAUCUUAGCUUAUCUGUGAACAGCUGCCCUUCGACCGCCUGCUGUAAGAAACUAACGUCCCAGAGUUAAGCCCCGUUUUGCUGCUGCGCUGCAGAAAAGCACUUUUUUCCUGGCUGCACUUUUGAGCAAGGAAAGAUCAUGAAAAAAAUCAUGUAGAAGCAUUAAGGAAAGAAAAUGACUGGCUUACGAAGCAACUAGACGAUUACGUAAAGAAGCCCUAAACUUGAAGGAGGGAUGAAGCCACUAGGGCCGCCGGAACAACAUGGCGCAGCUGAGUCUUUGAGCUCCGAAGCCCCAAGUGCGAAGGACGUACAAUGGCUUAGCGACUUUUAUGAUGAGCUUCAUAGCGCAAAUGGCCGUGCCGAGGAGAGUCUCAAUAGUUGGCGUACCACAGGGUACUUCAGAGAGCGCGGAAGACACAAUCAAGAAAUGCCUGGAUAUUUUUUUCAGGGAUUGGAGCCAACGUGUCAGAAUUUGAUAUUGACACAGCCCAUCGAGUGCCAACAAGAAAUCAAAAUGGCCGCGGCCGAGCUACAGGAAGACCCUUCCUUAUUAUAUGCAAGUUCACGCGGCGCAUUGCGAGAGAUGGUGUCUUGGCGAAGCGAAAGGAAACUCGCCGACUAUUGCCCGAGAGCUUUGACCUCCUGGAGGAUAGUGAGCUCAGCAUCAAGAUUUACACCCAAGGCCUCAGGAAUUGCUACAUGAUGCAAAGUCCUUUCAAGAAUCUCACUCUUUCAAAUAUUGCUGGUCGAAAGAUUCAGUGAUCUACAAACAUUCAGGAAUUGCUCCUUCCACUUUCUCGUGUACAUUCAUACGGCACUAGGUCGUCUACUUCUCAAAAUUGUUAUAUCAAAAAUCGAAUCUUGACAUAAAAAAACUUCUUUCUCGAGACCUGGUGCCAAAUUAUGGAAUGAGAUAAAUUCAUAUUCAAUAUUUCUGCAUCAUUGCUUGAUAUAUUGGAGACUGGUGAUACUUAUUAUGAAAUAGAUGAAAUUAUUCUUCAAAUGAAGAAAGCAGAACCAAUAUUUUUGUAAUCCUGUCUAUAAAAACAACGAGCUAAUGUUUUGUCUUCCUUUCCUCCAUAGAGUUUUAAAUGCAUCUUUUUCAUAUGUUUUUCUUCGUAAGAUUAUAAUUUUUGCAAUUAGUGAAUCGCUCCAUAUUUAUUUAAAAACUGAUGAAUCUCUCUCACUUUCUACUUUUUUUUCUGUACCUUAAUUUAGUUGCAGUUAUUUUCUUUGCGUAUCAUUCCUGGCCCUUCUAGACUAGCUACAGCUAUCUGCGGUGCCAGAACACUUGUAAAAAUAUUCUUUAGAAAAUUUAUAUAAGUCUUGAAGUCUUGAAGUCAUGAAGUCAUCAGUGCUAAACGGUUUAAAUGGAGUUUUGGGACGGACUUUCUUUAAAAUGCAGCCGUUAAAGUUGCGUCGUGUUGGUCCCUAUGUAGUGGUGUCAAUGACAGGACGUUUAUGGGCUGGCCGAAUGGACAUUAUUUUUAACCGUUGUGCAGAGGAUGCUGUUAUGUGAAGUUGUCAAUGACAGUACGCGUUUGUGCUGGUGUGUGGAACAACAUUUCUUUGCCUUUACUUGGAUCAGGCCGUCGUGUGGACGUGUUUAUGGCAGUAUAGUUGUACUCGGACUGAAUGUUUGAACAAUAUUUCGCAGCCAUUUGUGUUGUGGUGCCCGUUAUUCUUUGCCUUUCCGCAGAGUAGGCCAUGGACGUGUUUACGGCAGUAAGUGAAGUCGGGCUUGAUGUUGGUGCAAUAUUUUCCAUUGGUGUGGAAGAUGCCCGUUAUUGAAGAUGCGAUUGUACGUUUGUCCAUUUUUAUCGUUUCUUUUUCAGCCCUGUCUUGUCCCAGUUUGAGCAGUCCAUCAAAUGGCAAUAUAGCCCUGAGUUCCGGUAAUUUUGUUGGUAGCACUGCAACAUACAGUUGUAACAGUGGAUAUAAAGUUACAUUUACAUCUACUAGAUAUUGUCAGGCAGAUGGCCAGUGGUCUGGAGGAGCGCCCAGCUGUAUACGUAAGUGUCUUCUAUUGCACUAAUGUAUCAUUUUACAGUCCUUAGCAUGGUUGAGCAUGGUAACUUAUCCUUUGAGUGAACAUGAGGCCAAGGUAUACUUUUUUAUGCAAACCUUUUUCCUUUUCUUAUGGAAAUUAUGCGCAAACAAUACUAGUUAGCAUAAAAACAAUAUGAUUUACAUAAUAAAGCAACUGUUGUAUCAAAACAAGGUCAACUACUCUAGCCAGGUUUCCACCUGCAACUGUAAAAUGGACUAUUCACACAACUUAAUGAGAAUUAGGAAGAAAUAAUAGCAACAGAAAGCAUCCUUUUUCUUAUUCUUCUAUUUUAUUUCUUUGCUUUUGUUAUCAUGAGUGACCGCAUGAAAAUUCCUCUGGGAAUUUGCAUGAAGAAGGAAAGGUGUGAGAAGCAUUCAGCAUGGCCGGUGAAUUUGAUCGUUUGCCUUUUUUUUCUAUUUCACACAAGGCGUUUACUGCCCAGAGAUUGGACAAGUAGAACAUGCCACUCGAGUUCUUAAUGGAGCUGACGGUGCUUUGAACGUUGUUGGGACCACCGUAACGUUUACUUGUGAUGCGAACUACCGAAUGCCGGAGAAUGUUGAUGCUACCAGAACCUGCCAAGGAAGUGGAACUUGGAGUGGAACACAACCGAGAUGUGUAGGUAUGUAUCAAUUCAGAAAUGCUAUUUCAAACUUUUAAAGUAAAUUCACUAGUUUGAAACGAAGUAGGCAACAUUGAAGGGGUCUACCCAUUUGUACCUUAAAGGAACAGUUUCCCGUUACUGCGCAUGCACCAAACUUUGAUUUUUGGACAGGAUGUCGCGAAAUCAGAAGAUGAAAGGAGAGUAAGAGAUUACAGAUUACAGAUCAAUGAUAUAUUGUUCCUGUUGAGUUUCGAUUUGAGCAAAAUCUGUUUUUUUGGCGUUACUUUUAUUGCCGUUGGCCGGAGGACCAGAAGACUGGAAGAGCUUUGAUGCCUAUUGAAGGCUUAUUUCUUCCGCUAGCUUCCACAAGCUCAGAUAAUUGUGAGAGGAAUACGCAGAAAUGAAACCACAAUAAAGGCUGCAAGAAAAAAACCAUUGAGACAUUGAUGUGACUGAGGAGAUCUUGUGGAGGGGAGCUUCGUGAAGCAGAAAGUUUUGCAACGACGCGUUAGUAAACUUUUAAAUGAACCUCCCUACGGCGGACAAAAUCAAACAAACAGGCGCUACAUGUUUAGAAAACCUAGUGCCAUGAAAUCAUAAUAUAAUUUUUGACUAACCUUAGUGAUAAUUCAUAGCGUUGAGAUUGCAUUUUAUUUAUGUCUUUCAAACGGUUGAGGUUAAAACGCGAGCAAAUCGGGCAGAUAUUACUGGACUUGGAACAAUUGACCUCUGACACGAGUUUCAAAUUAGAAAAUAUGUUUUAAAGCGAGCCGAAAGAGCCGUUCUCGGGUCGCGAGGUGACCCUGCUAGCGAUAAAAUCGCGAUGAGUCUUCGAACCGCCAGCCAAAUUAUUAUAUAAGACGAAAGACUUCUUCGAAAGUCUAAAAUAUUACUUGAGAAUGUAAACAGCACAUCUCCGUCGGCGGUGCGGUCCGGAAGCAAAUCUUGUCCAGUCAAUAUGACAGUUCUAUUGUCUUUUGAAGAAAAAAAAAGGUGACGCUCGCGCGUGCGCAUAAUCGGGACACUGUCCCUUUAAUUGGGUGGAAAAGAGGUCCAUCUUCACUUAAAUGAAAACAGGAAAACCAAAGACGAUCCAUUGUAAAUCUCACAGAGAUCUGACACUAGCAUUUCAUCGAUAUCGUAACGUGAAACAUCUUGAUUUCUAUUUUUAAGACUUCUUUGUUAACUGAAGCCAUUUAAAGCGAUUUCAUUGAAGAGCAGCUUACACGUAAAGAAAACCAUUUUCUUUCAUGAUUAAUAGAGACCCAUUAAAAAUCUUUGCUGUGUUUUCGUCAUGAAUAAUGAAUAAUCAGUUUUACCCAACGCGCGCGUUUAUUUGUGUAAUUCCAGCUUCCUUCUGUAGCCCAGUUCCAGUUCCUGAUAAUGGCGCAGUUCAAGGCUUCCGUUAUGAACUGGGAGCUACCCUACGUAUCACCUGUAACAAUGGGUACAAUUUGGUGCCUUCAAGCGCCUCAUUCAGGACUUGUAUUUCUGACGGAGCAGGAGGAGGACUGUGGUUAGGGGACGAUCCUGUGUGCGAAUGUAAGAUAGACCAAAAGCUGCCAUUUGCUAAGUCAGUUUUAUUUGCGAGCACAGUUUUAUGAUGAAGUAUGCGUAACACGAAUUUGGUAUUUUAGAAGAAACUUUCGAACAAUAAACCUUUUGACCCUUUAACUGUUGGUCAUUUACAAUUUUAGGGUAGGGCUGUCGUCAGGAAAACAACGCCAAAUAUGAAAUUGCUCUAUAUCAUAGGCGAGAUGACGACGCUUGGAUGCCCUUUCUUUUUUUCCUUCGGUAAUCCUUUCUUGCCUCAGUUUUCCUAUCUUGCAAGACAAAGAGUAAAAUUUGUAGGAUCAAGAAUGAAACUGAUAGCAAUGCAGAUAUUUUCCGUAGAGUACACAAUUAUAAUUAAUAAGACUUGCUAGUAAACUUUUUUUUUUUAACCAAGAAUGUCUAGCAAUUCAGGUAAAACGCCUAAUAUAUUUUCUUGCUCAAAAGUCUGGGAAACUUUGUCACUUCUGUUUUGGUCUCAAAUGUCUAUACCGUGUAAUACUAUUUUUUGAUAGAUCAGACUUGAUCUUACUUCUACUCUGCGCGCUUUAUCACUGAUGUAAUUUUUUUUGCUGCUACCAUUUAUCUAAAGGAGGCCGUGUCCAGCUAGAAAGCUCUUGCUACUUUAGACACUGUACACAUGUUAUCCUCUUAGCCAAAUGAUUACUCAUUAUUCUUUUUCUUCUUUUAUUUAUAAAAUAACUUAUUUAAAUGUCCUAUAAAGUGUAGAAUACAUAAUAAUAGAAUUGAAUUGAUGACUUUCAAAAUGGUUUUACUGUAAACCUAGUGGUUGACUGUGGUGAUCCAGGAAAUCCUUACGGGGGAUACCGUCACAUAACAACCGAUACUAAGUACCAGUCCAUUGUAACGUACACUUGCAAACCAGACCAUCACCUGGAGGGAGAGGACAGUCAGGUUUGUCACGCUAAUGGAACAUGGAGUGGAUCCAAACCAGUUUGUUUGGGUAGGUGCCGUCCCAAUAAACUAAAGUUAUUGUGAUACUUUUCUUUCUCGAAAGACGUUGCAUAAUUCAUCAUGCAGCAUAAAUGUAGCGUGAUACUUUUGGUGUAAAUGUUUCACAUCAGUACUGAAUAGAAUUAUGCAUUUCGAUGGAUGCAGAAUAAACAUAUUGGAGCAAAAAACAUCAUUAAUUUCUUGGGAAUCACGGGGGGAAGCUUUCCUAUAAUGCAGGAAGGUUUCUUUUGUUUUAACUAACUAGACAACUGUUUAUAAGAGAAUUUGGACUGAUAAAGCGGCGUGGAAUUUACAUGGCAGAUGUUUUGAAUAAUUACAUAGAUUAAAAGAUACAAUAAAGUUUAGUGGAUGCGUGUGCUGGCCAAAGUGGCAUAUUCCUCCAGUUCGCCACCACCUUUUGUAGUAUUAAAAAACAAACAAACAAAAAAACAAUGAACAAACAAAAGGAACGUUUACCUUAAUGUUGAUUUGAAGAGUCUAUCUGCUAUUUGCCAAUUAUGGUUAAUUAAAGAUAAACUAGAUCACUUGUACAAUGUAAUGUGAAGUUUAAUUAAGGUAAAUUAAAUAUACUCGAACAAUUCAAAAGGUUUUGUAAAAAGUUUGGGGAAGUUGCAUAAACUAAAUAAAGUAAUAGAGAGGAAAACAGGCAUACGGGAAAACAACUAGGGGAGCCGAGACAAACAGAGAAGCCAAGAAGAAAAAAAGCAAAGAUAGAGUCCUACACAAGUAACAAUGUUGUAGUCUAAAUAAAAAAAGUCACCUUCACCGUCUUGUUUUCACUUACAGCGCGCUCUUGCGGAAAUCCUGGAGUGCCUAACAAUGGGAAGAAGAAUUCGUCGUCUUACCAGUAUGGUAACUCAAUUAAAUUCGAGUGCAACGUUGGUUAUACAUUACAAGGGUCAGCUGUACGUACAUGUGAGGAUAACGGCUUGUGGACUGGAACUCAACCUACGUGUCAAAGUAAGCUGGAUAUAUUUCUAGUUCUUGCACUAAGAAGGCAACAACGUAGAAACGUUUAAACGAUCAUGGAGUUGUCGUACCACAAAAAGUUCUUUGCGGUAAGAAGGGCAACAACGUAAAAAGGCGGUAGUAACAGGUAAUCGUAUUAACAACGCGGUCGCAUUCACGAGGAGGCUGCAUUAACAAGAUGGUCGUCUUAACGAAGUUAUCCACUUUUACAAGGUAGGGUGGUCGCAUUACUAUGGUUGUACAGGUAUCUGGGUGGUCACAUUUGGCAUUUUGAUUGCAUUAACAAGGUGGUUGUUUUUUGAAAAAGUCAAGUUAUCUGGGUGGUUGCAUUUACAAGGUUGUUUUUUAAUAAGGUAGUCGUAUUAACAAGAUAGUCUCAUUAAUAGGGAGGUCCUCUUAACAAAGUGGUUAUAUUAACCGGGUGGUCACAUUAAUGAAAUGGUUGCAUUACCAGGGUGGUUGCAUUUUUGACGAGGUUGUCGCAUAUGAAGAGGUGGUCUCAUCAACUGGGUGCUUGCAUUAAGGAGGUGGUGGCAUUGAGGAGGUAGUGGUCUCUUGAACAACUAAGGCGGCUGCAUUAACGAGGUGGCCACUUAACCUUGGUUAACAUUAAUGGAGUGAUCGCAUUAUCAGUGUUGUCGCAUUAGCAAGGUAGUCUUGUCAACGUGUUGGUCGUAAAUGAAAGUAUUGUCUUGUCAUUUGUAGUUGUCAACUGUGGUGAUCCAGGUACACCAGCUAACGGAGUCAGAUAUGGUGAUCUCUUUACUUACAAGAACACAAUCCUGUUAGAGUGUGACCCUCAGUAUAAACUAGCUGGUGACCUGACCAGAACUUGUCAAGCAGAUGGAAGCUGGACAGGAAGUCAGCCCACCUGUCAGGGUAAGCAGAAAGAUCAACUGUUGCUUAAAGGAGCUAUGUUACGAAAUGGUAGCGGAAUUCAGCCUCUGAGAAUGUGCCACCAAGUUAGGCGAAAUAUAAAAACAACCCCAACAAAAGGUUUCAACAGCAGAGCACACAAAAAACAAGGCACGGAUGGGCACAAUUGAAGGAGAAACAAAUUGUAACUGGCGAUCUAUUGUCUUAACUAUAAAUAUAACGCGAGGAAGACAUAUUUCUUUUCUAGGAGGCUUUGGUGUUGUCAGUUAAAAGCUUUUUUUGCAAUGUUCGGCUCCAAUCAAAUGAGAGCAAGUGAGGGAAAAAAGUCAAAACGAAAUUAAUUCGACGCUAUUACGCAGACCUUUCAGCUUACAGUUUUUCAACUCUAGAGGCGCAGAUUAUUGCGUAACGUUUUGAAGAUAGCUUUCAAACGAAGUUGGAGACACUGUGGCCGAGUGGUUACUGCCCUAGACUCCGUAUCGAGAGGACUGGGUCACUGUGUUUGCUCAUGGGCAAGACACUAUUCACGCAAUGUUUCACUCCAUGCGAGUAAACAAACGGGUACGGGUGAAUUUAAAGGGCCUGUGUCACCAUUGCCUAAUUCAAUUUGGUAAUAAUGCCAAUUGCGCGUCCUUAUUCUCUAGAGAAUUUGAGAAAGUACUUGAAAAUUACAAAAUCACAGCUUUUGAUGUCAAACAAAUAUGUCUCCCAAGCAGUAUAUCAAACGUUACAAACAACAAAAAUGAACAAUAAAAAAACUGUUAGGCCAACAACGAUCCGUUUAAAUCUUCUCCAAGUUUGUCCAUCCAAUCCUUUUUUCUUCUAUUUGCUGUGUUGCUUAUACCUUUUCGUCAUGUCCUGAGGAGUUUUUUUUAUGUUGCACUCAGGUUGGUGGCGGUUCCCGCUGUUUGAAUUUUUCAUAAAUUUCGGGAACAGCUCCUUUUAUGCUGGGGUUAAACCUGCGAUGGAAUGGCAUCCCUUCCCAGGAUGAGUAUCCGGGAUAAGCCUGAUGGGCCGCUUAGCUCGAAUGCAGAUUUCACCCUUUACCUGAAAUAAACCUAUUCUUUGAGACCUCCAACUUUUUUUAAAUUUGAACAUUAGAUUGAAAUUUGCGUUUUAUAUGGGGUUCAGGGGAGUGAUGGGAGUGUUCGCCUCGCACCGUUAUGUUCCAAGGGCAACACCCUGUAAGAGUUUUCCUUUCUUCCCACUCAAAACUCUAAAAGUCAUGACACAAGUGGUCCUUAGCGUAAUAUGAGAGUUUGUAUGGGAAAAUAGAGUUUGAAACUUAAUAAUAAUAAUAAUAAUAAUUUAAACAUAUUUAUGCAGGAUUGCUGCUUCAGUUUUAAGAAAAAAUCUGCUAUCAAUGCAGGUCCUGUAAAAAAUGAAAAAUGAAAAAAUAAAAAUAAAAAAGAUUUAAAAGAGUUUACAAAAAUAGUCACACCAAACGAAAACUUAGAUGAAACUAGAAAAAAAAUGAAUUCUAAAAGCGAUAAAAGUUAUCAAUUAAGUGUAACUAUUAUUACCUGGAGUCGUUGUCUUUGUUUUUACAAAGUUUCAGCGCGAUUUGAGUACUUUUACAUCAUCUGACCUGACAGUCUAAUAAUAAGAGACAAGUUAGGACAGAAUCGCUCGAUAGAUCUUCAAAGCUGCUCAGAAUCAGCUCCAAAUUUCACGCGAAAAAACAAACACACUUACAUUGUACCCCGGAAAAUGCACACAUUUCAUCCUCUUUGAAAGCAACAAGAAAGAAAGGUAAAAACUUAAAAUUUUCAAACAACGGUAAACGAUGUCGUGUGUAACCUUAACUUCGUCUAAAGUCCAAAAUCUUGAUCUUACGAUGCAAUCAGCGAUAAAAUCAGUCUUAAAGGAUAAAAUUACAAAGCGCUUACUUACUUUAAGAAAUGUAACGUAAAUAUUUACCUUGGUGAUGUCUUUAAAAAUCCCUAGAACAAGGAAAACUUGCUUCUUGGCUUCUUGAAAUUGGAAUUGACAAAAACGUGCGUCAACUAACCGCAAACACAAAAAACUUAAACUUUUAGUGAAGAAAUUCAAUGGCGCUUUCUCGUAUGCCCUUGCUUGCGUUAGAAAGAACUUUCUAGUUAAAUCUAGAAAUUGCGUGCGCGCGCGUAAAGAAAACAAAACAUCAUAAAAUUUUGCAUGAAAAAAUAAGUGGAUUAAAGUCCUUAAACGCGCGGCUAAUCGCGUUAGCUACACGCACAAGCAUUUGUGAAACUUGGUAAAAAGGCCUCCUUAAAUUUUCAUUACAAUUAAAUAAAGGAAUUAUUUUUCAGCUACGAGCUGUGGGACGUUUUUAGUUGGUCCAAGCGGAACAGUGAAUUCGUCAAAUUAUCCAGCAAAUUACGAUGACAAUGAAUACUGUACGUGGCAGAUUCAAGUUCCGGUGAACAAGAAAAUCCGACUUGACUUUAAGGAAUUCAAAACGGAGAGUGGCAAGGACUAUCUGAUGAUCUACGAUACAAACCAUUACGAAACACCAACCAUUAUAUUUGAUGGAACAACUUACAAACCGCCCCCUUUUACCUCAUCCGGAAAUGUCCUGCGAGUGAGAUUUAUCAGCGAUGGAGCAACAACAAAGAAGGGAUUUAGUUUUAGUUACCAGCAAGUUGGUGAGCAACAUUUUUAAAUCAGUUUUCUAUCUUGAGUAAUUUUCUUAUUACACAACCAUCUCUGCUUUCUUAGAUAACCUUGAAAAUUCAGUCUCCCUUACAUUUACGACCAUUCUUGACGAUUACUGUCUGGAGACUGAUUCGUAAAAUUAAAGGAGCCGUGUAACGAAAUUUAUCAAAAUUUAAGAACUGGGAAUUGCCUCCAAAUAAAAUGAAACAUAAAUAGAAAGUAAAUAUAACACAGCAGAUACAAAAGGAGGCAUAGAUGACAAACUUAAAGUAGAUUGGAACGAACUGCACUUGUUUUUUUUGAAAACUUGUUAGCAUAACAAUUUUGUUGUUUGCAUCGUUUAAAAUAAUGCGAAGAAGCAAAUAUUUCCUAGAAUUUUUCUAUUGGUUAAGGACGGUUAAAAAUUUGUAGGUGACCGUUUAUUCAUGUACAAUUUUCGAAGCUUAUCUAAUUAUUUACCUACGAUUUUUUAAAUUCUUUACACUGCCCAUGUUCAAAAAUGUGAUGGAGACGGGAAUCAGAAAAAUCCUCGCUUUCGUAAAUACUUUGAAUUAUAUCUAACAUUUUCGGGAAAAUAAUACUGAAACCCUUUUAACUUCUCAAGUUCCCUAGGAUGACCGAACAGGUACAAAUUAUAUAGCGCGGCUAAGAAUGCAUUUCUAGAUACCAUAAAGUACUCUGGAUAGCCUAAAAAAUGAUUUUAAUGUAUUUAGGAGGAAACUGUCGUUGGGUGCCCCUGACAACUGUUUGACACGAAGCUGCGGUUUUGUCAGUAAAUUUCUCAAGUUCUAUAGCAAAUAGGGAGGGACGUGUGUUGUGUAAUCAAAAUGAACUAGUCAGCCGCUACAAAGCCCCUUUAAAAUUUGGUUUAUCGCACUCCAGUGAAGCAAGGGUGCUUUCCAUUUGACAGAAAACUUCGGAAAUUCCGGUUGUAAGGUAAAUGGUAAGGUCACUUUUCGGAAAUUCCAACCGAAAAUUGAGGAGUACGUUUUGAGGUAGUCCGUUCAUUCCGGUUGGUACGAACCAAACGUAAUGUUGCUUACCAUUUACAAAUUUGUCGGUUCUAGACUCGCGCUACACAAACUUACUCCAUUUCAGCUCCACUACGCAGUACAACAUGAAUCGGGAAAACCAUUAGGUAUAUUUUUGCUGUUUCGGCCUAGCACCGCAGACAUAACAGUGCGUAAUACUCCAACUUCUAUUACAUUCAAAUAUGUGGCAGGUAAACUAGAACAGAGCUGAGCGACAGUUCACAAAGAAUACUGUCAGAACGAAGGCCGAAAAAAACAUGCUGGAAAAAAAGCCCUAGUAGGGAAAAAACUCGGCAAGAAAUCUGGGUAAGAUCCAUGGCUCAUUUCCUGAAAAGCCCAUCCUACGAAGGCUACGACAGGCAGGCACGCCCACAUUUAUUGUUUUGUUGUUUUGUUUGCCAUAGGUCGUACAAAUCAAAUAAAAUCUAAUUAUUUAAACUCUCAUGGCGAGGAAGCCCAAGAGAAGCCACCGGGCCUUAUUUACUAAGCUUGUAAUCCAACAAAGCACGGUAAAUUCGAAAUAACUAUUCCAAAACAAAUGAAAAAUAACUAAAACAAGCUAAAACCCUCGCACAACUCGAUCUGUCACUUUAUAAAUCAAAUAAUUAAUAAAUAAAAAAUAAUGUGGGCUAGACGAGGUGUCGGCCUAGAAUGCUUUGCCACGUGAUAAGCAUCCCUUUUUAAAAUGGCACUCCAUUCUAACCAUACUGCACUUCAACUGAAACCGCCCCAGUCGCCACUGCUCCCAUGCCGCAGAAAUAUUUCAAUCAUUUCCGGCUAAUUCGUAACAACUCAAACGCCGGAAAUUCCAUUUUUUUUUUUGGAUUCAAACCGUAACGGAUGAGGCAGUUCUGCGGUAAACUGGUGAAUCGCUCGCUUCUAUGCUUUCGACACCCCAACCGGAAUUUUUCACCCCCGUGUUUUGUUUAACUACAGUCUGCGUCUCAUCUAAACAGUAAAAGCAUUAAGACAAAAUUCAUCAAAUUACUGUUACUGACCGACACGCCUUAAUUCCUCUUCUCUCAUCACGAGUCAUCAAGGCGAAGCAAAGAAUAUAACUAUUCUCCGUGAUACUGUCAGAUUUGGGGAAAAUAAUGCGGGAGAGGGGAGUUUUUUAAGAGAGUUUUCACUUCUGUUGUCGGCCAAAAGAACACUGUUUUUUUCCUUCUUUUUAACUAAGAUCCUAUUCAAGUAGUCGAUGACGAUAACUAUCCAUUUGUUUUCACUUUUCUUGCUUGCUUUGUACAUUAUACAGUCAUACUUACUGUGGCUUUUCACAAUUUCGAUAUCCCCCACUUGUUGAAAAGAGAAAAACUUUAAAUUAAAGUCCGUAGAGGAGGAUAUCAUUUGGCCAAAUUUGAAGCCCUUAAGUUAGCUACAGAAAACCAUGAUAGUAAGCCGGUUCUCUUUGGGAUUUCAGUGAAGUGUUACAUGUACCAUUCUGAGGAAUUUGCGGGAAUCAAACCACCAAAGAUAAUCAGUUAGCUUUACUGAUUCUUGAUUCUUCUUUAUAGACACAUCUUGUGGAGGUGUAUAUGAAGAUGGAAGUGGAAGAAUCACCUCUCCAGGCUAUCCUAAUGGAUACGCGAACAACCUCGAUUGCGUAUGGUUGGUCUACCGCACCACGGAGACCGCCGAAUUCAUUUUCACGGAGUUCGCAACAGAAAGUACCUAUGACACGGUUGCCAUAACCUCAGGAAGGUAAUUUAAAAGUAUUUAUAAUGUUUCGCAUGAAAGCAUUUUUGCCCGCUCUUGUUGCUGUUUACGUGACUAUUUGCAUUUGUAAGGGAGGUUGAGCGAGAGACAUGUAAGCAACAUUACAACAAGUAGCUGUUACUUAACGCAGUGUAUUUAACGUAAAAUCUCAUUGACUAUGUAUUGCUAGGCCUCUUUGCCCCAGUGAAUGCACGGUGUCAUAUCCAUCGGAACAUAACCCAGUCAUGUCAUGUGUCCGUUUAUGGAUGGCAUGAAUCAUGAGAAACACAAGGCACAGUCUUAUGUCGAUUUACCUCCACUUUCGCACGUUUCGGGAUUUUUCAAAUCGAAUACUUUGUAGAUUCAUUUUCAUUACGAAUUUGUGUGUAUGUGCUCUUGUUUGUUUUCUGGGUUUUAGCCUUGCACUCUCAGACUACAUAUUCCUGUUGUUAAUUUUUUCAGGAGAAACUUAAAUUUCAAACAAUUAAUGACAGGCCUCGAGGGAGGCAGUUCUGUUUCUCGAGAAUCUCCAUUGGGAGCUUAAGCAACAAAGACGGCGAUGGCAACGAGAAAGGCAAAAAAAACCAACUUUACACGCUGUUUUGUACAUUUCUUUGCCGUCGUUGCACGAUUACGACAUGGAACGUGAACAGCGACCCCUCUAAAAUUCAACUCCAAAAAAAUCGCCAACGAAUUGAGGGAGAUACGAUGAAAUAAGCGCAAUGAGUUUAAAAACAGCGCAAACACGCUUUGUAACUGACGUUUUCGUAGCCGUCGCCGUCGUUGUUGGUUAAGCUCCUUAUUGAUUGAAAUCCGAGAGAAACAAGGAACAUUAUCACUAAGUGAUUUGUUAUACUCAACAAGAAGAAAAACGUCUAUCAUAAUGGUUUGUACUAAUUUAUGAAAGUAAAUCUCAGCGAGUGGUCAACGUUCGCGGCUAACAAUGCACUGUUAUCUCAUGACGUCACAGAAUAUGCAACGUUGCCCGUUCAGACACCUUUAGCGCGAAACAGCUUUCUUGAUGACCUCGAAGAAACUAAUGGAAGUGUGCGCUGUUCGGCUAUAUUGCAAUUUGGCUUUUUCAGCAACUCUUCAAUCCGCCCGGUCGCCUUUUUCCGGCCAAAUAUUUUAUAAGUGGUAACUUAUCCUCUAAUAUGUGGGUUUUUCACAGAUUUGGUGAUACUGUACUUUCAAGCGGCUGGGGAGGGCAUACUAUUCCGUCUGGCUCCUUCACUUCUGGCACCUAUCUCUGGAUCCGUUUUACCACCAACGGUGGCAAUUCCGACGGUCGUUUCCACGCCGGAUGGACUGGAACCUACCAGAAAUACUGGCCUUAUGUUAGUGUCUAAAAAGAGAAACGUCGCGCUGAUCAACUGCAAUUUAAUGUAAUGUCAC